AGAAGUAGCGUACUAGCAUGGCGGUGGGAGCAGUUGGAGUUCCGUUGUCUCGCUUGUUUCCUUUUCAUGUUAGGUUUUAUUUAAAUGUGUGGUAGGGAUUUCUUUAUAUUGGAACUUGUAUAUCUCUUUGACCAACCCCCUGAAGAAAGAAAGUAUUUUUUUCUGAUGCGGAUACUCGAUAGAAGUGCCUUGUAGAAAUCUGGUAGCUUGCUAACUAGCAGAAAUUGGGAGAUACGAGGCAACAAGAGGAGGAGUCCUGUUUUGGAAGAGGUAAGCUGACUUGCAUUUGGUAGAGGAUUUAUUUCUAUCUAUUACUGAUAAAACCCUGUCAUUGAACAAAGUUAAAGCAAGCAUUUGGAAGGUACCGAGCCUCUAAAAACUUCUUAAUACUUCAAAUGUGACAGCAGUGAAGUGCCCCCCCGCCACCGAGUGGCUUUUGCUUGUAAAGUAACUUUAAUUUGCUGUUUUAACUUUUCACACCGCCGAGAAAAUCACUGCUGAGUGUGGUUAAAGUGUGAACAAACUCUUAGGAGUUUCUUUCCAUGUUUUUCAUACUGUUACGUAAUGUUGACAUUUUCAGAGUAACGUUACGCUCCUGCUUAAAAACCCUGCAAAAUUAGGAUUUUGUCUCAGGAAAACCUUCUUGUGAUAUCUGGAUUCAUGUGUUCUGUGACAUCAGGCUGAUUUCCUUGUAGUUUCAUCAUUGCAUACCAGAUACAGAGAAUUGAUGACAUUCCGGGCUGAAUUCUUUGCAUGUUUUUCCUUUACAGUUACAAAUCAUGGUUCUCCACUUGCACAGUUUCUGCAGGUUUUUUCUGUUUUUCAUGGUGUAUAAAUCCUAAAAAGUUCUCAGGUGUUAUGAUCCAGGGUCACAGCUUGCAGGUGUAGUUAUCCGAUCGACUAAAUUAGAUUAACUUACUGGUAAAUCCCUUACCGGUACACAGGACGAGAGUAGCAGUGUGUUUGCCUGUCUUUCACAUCGCUGCAGUGUUGAAUAUGUCAGUAUGAAAACGUCUAUACACUGAAGUCCCAACAGGGGGAUCAAUAUUAAAUUAAUACUCCAUAUGCAGGGUUUUAUAUGAAUUCCUUUUCCUAGAUUUAGUGAAAACUGUUGCAGUUAUGUUAGGUGUAACAAGGCUUGUGAUAAAUGGGAAAAUGCUAUCUUGCUCCAUGAAAUUGCUCAGAUUUUAUCCAUGUGUUCCUGUUCUUAUUGCACAACAGUUUGUUUUUUAUUUUGUUUCACAAAGUUUGACUUCAAAGUCCUAAUGUGUUGCCUUAUUUAUUGUGUCAUGAAGUAAUAUGAUAAAACAGUAAGGGAUGUCCUUACCAAUUUUUUUAGGCAUCCUUUUUUGUGUGUGUGUUGAUGAAAGCUGAUACUAAGUGCUGAUCUUAAUCAAUUAACCAUUACUUGUGUUUACUGACAUAUUAGAGCUGUUACACGGUUAGUUUGUUUCUAAAAAUCACAAAAGUAGGAAGCAACUGAUAUUGAUUUUUGAACAUCCAAUGCUUCAGACAUCUAUCACUCUGUGCUAAAACUAACAGCAGGCUCAUCAUGUUUGGACCAUAGACUGUAUAUACUAUGGACAACUUGGUUCCACCUACCGUCUGUACACAGAUUUGAAGCCAAAAAGUUCUUGGUAUUUCCGUGAUUUUUCUUCAUUUCCUGAAACCAGCAUUGCGUAGUAGUGUUGUACGCAUUCAAUGGGAGAGUCGCUGCAAUUACGCUCGACUCGAACAGCGUAUCCCCCGGGUGAGCUACGCAAUCCCUGAACGCCCAUAGGCUGUACCAGGUGUCAAUCAUAGAAAACAUGAACCCCCUAAUAACUUUUAAAAACUGAGCUUCACACAAAAAAAAAGAGAACUUGAGCACAAACCAAACUUACUGUAACCACGUGUCAACACCGCAAGCAGGGGGGAGAAACAUUUAUGUUCUGUGUAAUAGAUUUCUAAAGUUUAUCCACAUCUCCAUAAGCUUUGCUGGCGGAGGCGGGAUUUAUGACCUAUACUGCAUCCCGUCACCAGAGGGUGCUGUUCUCGGAGUGGCUUCACCCAACAAGGAGGCAGACGCGUCCAUUCUAUAUACAGUCUAUGGUUUGAAACCAUCGUGUGUGUUGUCGCAAACUCUGCUGUUAAGUUCUGUUAGUCUUUCCUUGGUUGCAUUAGUGAACUUGCAGUUUUCCUCUGCAUGUUUAGUUUUUAGAUGUUGUAAAAAAAUAGUAUUGAACAAAGCUCCACUACCCCCAUGAAAACAUUCCCAGCUGACAACUUUCGUGCAGUUUAAAACAGUUUCUGAACUAUAAUUCAGCUAACUGAAGGAUUUUAGUCAGCAAAGUAGAUGGCAGCUCAGCUCACAGCCCCCAAAGCACCCAAGAAAUAGUGGAGAGAGACAGAUUUUUUACGUGAGAUUACUUUACUAAAAAUUCUUUUCUGAUUCAUUUUGUGGUGCGUUUAUUUGGAAGGGAGGAAACCUCGGUGGAUGACUCAACACUGGUCAAAAAACCUUUUAACAACAACACUAAAAAGUCAGUUUUGUCUUUGAGGUUAGCAGAAUGCCAUGUGAACAACAAUGCAGCUGAAAACAAAAGCACAGAUAUCCAGCCAUUCCAAUGUGACUCAGUUUGGUGUUUUCUAAACAAUAUUUAAUAUCAUAACCCUUUAGGAAGCCCUGAAAAUUUCCCAUGUGCAGUCAGUGAACCCAAGAGCACACAGUUCAAGCCAUAUGUGAUGUCUGUCAGUUGCAUACCAUGACCUAUUUCCUGUUUUCACUGACGAUUAAUUUGCAUAUCUUGACCCUGCUUAAAGCUGAUGCAGAUGCCAUGGCCACAGCCGAGGAAUGGGAGUGACGUGACAGCCCUGGUCGCCUGUCAACAUCAUGUUUUUCCGCUGAAGUAGAGGCAGAACGCACAGAGAAUGGACGAGUCAGUGUUGUUGGAUUUACUUGAGUGCCCUGUUUGUCUGGAGCGCCUGGACGCCUCUGCAAAGGUCCUCCCCUGUCAGCACACCUUCUGCAGACGAUGCCUCCAAGGCAUUCUGGGCUCACGUGGAGAGCUGCGCUGCCCAGAGUGCCGUACGCUAGUGGAGUGUGCCGUGGAUGAACUCCCCAGUAACAUCCUUCUGGUGCGCUUGUUGGAUGGCAUCAAGCAGAGACCUCGCAGGGCUGGUCCUGGGGCCGGGGUCUGCACGAACGGUACAUCUGGAGCUGUGGCCAGAGCGCACAGCAGCGGGAGCAGGGACCAGGGCACCCCAGGAGCGCAGCCCCAGCGAGCCCAGGCUAAGAGCACCCUUGUCCGGGUUAGUAAACUCACUGUGACUGACCAUGGAUCAUUGAGCAUGAAUAUGUGUUUCCCAUUGUUAGGGUCAAGCUGAAACAAAACAGAGAAAAUCUGUGUGGAUUAAAAGCAGCAUGUUGCAUUACUGGCUCUCUAAUCUUUCUGUGGAUUAACGGUUAUCAUGGUGAUCCCAAGCCAGCCAGUUGACUAGCAGCCCGACAUUAUAAUGGCAGUGAUUGAGAGCAGUCAAUAGUUGAGCCAACAAAUAAGUCUGCUCUCUGUGUGCUGACUGCAGCUGGGCUUUACUCUUAAGAAAGGUCCUCAGUUCUUACUUUGAGACAAUGCUGCACGCCAAAGUCUUUCCCUUGAACUUGAAAUCUCUGUUGUGCUGUGGCUUCUAAAUGUACGUGAGAAAAGCAGGGUGGGACUACAUGGUGGUUGUUUUAUCUGCAUUACAGAGAGGAGGAGUGGCAAAGUGUGGUUAGAGAAGCAGCAGAAAAUGAGGCCAUGUAGGAAGCCUUGUUUUAGAGUUUUAUUGAAGCAGAUGAAACAGAUGAUAUUUUUACACAGGGACGUAAAAGACAAGAAAUAACACCUUAGAUUUCUUUUACAGUUUCUUUCUGUGAACCCACGGAAACACCGGUGUUAUUUUAACCUGAUUUUAUGGAAAAGCAUGGCAGGCUGAGGUGUUAGGGUUGUAAAUAUCCUGGCAAAUCUUGCUGUAAAGUUUUGGGAACAUUUGAUGGACCUCUCUGGGAAAGUUAAUAUGAGCUUUUUUAUUUUACCAUUUAUGCUGCUUUCCUUGAGCUGCUCAGACUUUUAGUUGAUGUGAAGUAAAAGUGAGGUUGGAAUGACCUGCAGCUGUGAGGUACAAAGUUAUACUGAUGCCUUUUCAUGACUAUCAUGGUAGAUAGAAUUCAAUAUAAUUACAAUUAGUAAACAUUUUGCAAUACUCCUAGUAAAUCGAAAGCAUGUAAUGUGAUUUUACUGUUGCUGGGCUGCAAAUUAUGUACUUAAACUCAAGGAGAACUUUGUCAAAAACUCACUUUUGAUGAUUCGUACUAAAUCUGAUUAAUGCGGCAGUUAGAUAGACUAACCAUGUCAUGAAAACCUGGCUUAUGCAAAAUGUAAGGAAAAAAAAGAAGGUUUUGCAGCCCCUUUACCACCUGAUAAUAACUUUCCAUAGAAGUCAAAACUGCAUUGUAUUGAUUUGAAAGAAAUUGCAAAGAUGUGUAUUCGUAUUAGUAUGCUAUACCAGUUCCAGCCGAUAUCACUGGAAGAAUAGGAGGAUGUAACGCAAAGCAAGAGUUGCAUUUACCAAGAUAAUUUCCGGGUUAACUCCAGGUUUUUCAGCACUAUGAAGGUGUAUGCCAAACACAUACCCUGCUCCGAGGCAGGUUAUGUUUAGGAUCAGAGAUCAGUCUGUCAAAACGCCACCCAUUGGCUUUAACUCAUUAAGAGGGGAAGAAGAGAAACACCAUCAGGAUGCUCUUCUGACCCACAUAAUGACACGCAUGAAGAAUAUUCAUAGAGUCAUACACUCGUAUUAAUGAGAGAUGUCUGUGUAGGUCAUCCAGGUCAUGGUUAUCUUCAUUGAAAGAGUAACUGGACAUUUCUCCUCUCUUCCAAAAGGCUUCCUCAGUUCUGAUUUGGUACAAAUGUUAAUAAAGAGUUAGUUAUUACUACAGCUCCUUGACAUCAGACUCUAACAGAGACUGAAGUAGGUUAACACGAGGUUCUUAAAGUCGUAGUGUAGAUGUGAAAUUACACAGGCUUGUUGUUUUGAUUUGUUUUCAUAUUUAGUUUUGUUAUCCCUGUAACACUCCAGGGCUGCAGCUGAAAUAUGAGUUAUGUCUGCAUCUGCCGCACACAGCACAAGAAUCAGUCAAUUAAAAUCAAAGCCAAAAAAUCCGUUUAGGAGAAUAAAUAGGAGUCAUAACAGCCAAAUCGAAUAAUGGAAAAGUGAUAUCAUGAGUCUUAAUUCGUGCAUGACUCGUCAGCCGUUUUUCCGGUAUUUUUCAAACACAGCUGUGUUGGUUGUAGCCUUGAUUAUGUGUUUAGCUUUUUUGUGUUAGUUUUGAUAUCACAGCUCGCCCUGGGUGCGUAAAAUAUCACAAUGUGCUGCUGGCAGACUGGUUCAGUACAAUUUGCUCUGUCGGGGUUAGUGAAGCCAGAUAACCUAAAGAUACUCAGGGUAUGUGUAGACGCUGCUAUUCAUGCAAUAAUGUCUUUGUCAUGCUUACUGAAGUGUUGAGGUCUGUUGUCAAACUUAUGUGACUUUGGAUCAGACUGUAAAUGUGUGUAGAGAUCACAUCACACAGAGCAGGUAGAGAAACAUCUGCAUGGUAGCUGGUGUAGUCCUCCUCCAGUGAUUUUGUCAGUAAUUGCGCGAGCUUUUGAUUGUCUCUGUUCAACUUUCUGCAGUUCUCGACUUUAUUUCAACCAGCACUACAGCACUCAAUAUAUCUGCAUCUCCCUCAGUUCCCCCUCCAAUCCUAACAUGAGUCUAGUUCUGCUUGAGGUUUCUGCCUGUUAAAGGAAGUUCUUCCUCUCCACUGUAACUUUUUAAAUGCUGCAGAGUGUUUGGGACAGAAAUGGUCUGAUCUUGAGAGGCGGGGCUCAUGUCAUGGUCUAGACCAUGUAAAGCCUCUCGAGAUAACAUUUGUUGUGUAUUGUUGCUAUAAGAAUACAGAUUGAUUAUUAAUACUAGAUGUGGUCACUGCUGCUUUAUUGUACUUAAGUAUAUGUUUGUCGUGACGAUGACUUUCCAGGUGACUCCUUGUGUUUAAACUAAGGACUAGUCGCUCCUCUCUGAACAUUUGUAGCACGUGUUUUGCAGGUUACAAUCAGUACGAUACGAGAUCACGUGAUACAAUACGUUUAUUGUCCCUUCGGGGAAACUUGUUUUGGACUCCGGUCUAACCCAAUGCAAUGAAAAAGAAAGCAACUUUAAUCUGUUGUUUUUAUCAGAUAAAAUUAUAUUGUCUGUUAGAGAGCCGAUGAUAAAACACUCCUAAAAUCAUCUGGUAAUUAAGCAGAGAAGCGUGUUUCUAGCACCUCGACUCUCAUUGUUGUGAGUUUCUUGAUUAAAGGCAGUAAUUCUAUGCAUGUUGUUUCAAUAUUUUCCUGUCUUAAUCCUCCGUUCCAUGCAGAAUGUCAUCACAAACACCUGAGAGAAUAAUAAAACAAGUCAUUAACAGAAGCAAAGUCAAGAUCAAAUCAUCUUUCCUCCUGGGAUCAUUAUUUCUAGCAAGCUAUAGAUCUACACAAAUUUAAAAGAAGAGAAUAUUUGUCUUGCCAUCAAUGUAGAUUAUUGUGCAUUCAAAACCUUAAUGUCAAGAUGAAACACUUAAAACAGAAACCACACAGCCCCUCUUUAGUUUUUGCAGCACUCGUCUCCACACUGGGAGGUUGGCGGAGAUGAAAAGAUGUCAGGGUCUUGUGUAGAAUUACUGGAAUGUCAAAGAGCUGAUAAUGUGUCUGCUUGGCCAUGCAGGUAUGAAGAUCUGAGACAUCGCUGUAAGAUCGCUACUGGGGGACCCGCCUCAUUUACCACACUGGUAUCAUUUCACAGUAUCCGUCUUGGUUUGAAAGCUGUUUGCGUUGUGGAAUUUCCCUUGAUUCUGAGGAGCCUGUUUGCUGGAGAUAAAGAGGUGGACACUUGAAACUACCACAUUCUUUCACCUCGCUCUUGUGUUUUCUAGGAUUGACAGUUGAUUGUAAUCCGUCAGUGUAGGCGUGUAGGGUAAAAUCCUCCCCCAUGAAAGUGUUUUGUCUGAGUGUGUAAUUGUAAAAAGCACUCAAAGCUGCUUCCUUAGUUUCUUACAAUUUAGCAGAAAGCACAAAUGGCGUCCCUCGUGUCUUUUCUUCACUCCUGAGGCGUUCUGCUAGUGACAGAGAACAAGAAAGGACACGGCUGUGCAGGUGUAACGUUUUUACAGCAUAAAAGGCAGAGAUCAAAGCUGUCACUGAUUGCCGGUCUGAUCUGUGCUCAGCGCUCUGUGGGGACUGAGCGCUUCACUGCCCCUGGGUGACACCCUCAAGUCCCACUUCUUUAUUGUUCGUUGCCUGUCACCCUGUUUUUCAGGGGAAUUUCGAGGUUUCAAGCAGCUCCUCUGGUGUCGUGCCCCCGGUUCAAGCUGAGCUCCACCUCACAAUUCUUAUACGACUGGGAGGGGAGGGAGGUGGGGACCGCCUGACAGAUGCACAACAGGGUUUUGUCUCGAGCCCCCUCUGAUCUCCACGACUGAGCGACACGUGUAGAGCGGCCAGCAGAGAUUUUUUGUGUGUAUGCAAGGCUACCAGUAAGAGAAGCUGAUGAGUGUUAAGUGAAGGUGUCAGGACCAAAAGGGACAAAUGUUGAGUGAGUCAGCUUUCUGCCCCCUCCUCUUACUAUCUCCAGGGUUGCUGCAGUUGUUGUUUGACUCUGCUUGUUGGCAUUUCUUUGAUGAGGUAAAUGAAAAAGGCUCGUCGUGAUUGUGCUGUGGUUGUCUGGCCCUUCACAGUCAGGUCAGUGACUCACCUCCACACUGGUGCUCUGUUACAUAGAUGUUUUGUCUUCCUCUCUGCCUUGUUGACUCACAUAACACAAUAUUUUGUUCACACACAUUGAGAACAGAUCGCUCAGUGGAAAUUUUUGCAUUAGAGCGGGUCUGGCUAUUGAAGUGGUCUCCAAGCCAAAGGUCAGAGUUCAAGAGUCACAACUGUCAGGGGUUGGUACCAACCAUAGAGGGGGGGAGAAUUAAGAUGUAUUCACACAUGCACAAAACUCCUGGAAAAAAUGUUCAGAAACAGCUUAACAUGGCAAGGGAGGCUACAAUUACAACCCGACGUCUCACAGACUAUCGAUAAAUAUAUAUAAAAAUUUAAUGUAAUGCACUUGUAAUUUUGCUGCCAGCCAACGAGGUUAACAAUGUUUUAUUGUUUUGUCAAUGCAAACAGAGGCAGCCUGUUGAGGGACACUAAUUUCCACUGUUUGAAUAUCUACACAGGGACUCGGUAUGAUGCAUUCAGGUUCUAGCCAUGCCUUUAUGUUUCAUCAUAAAUGGUACUCUUAAACUCAAAAGGGCGUUUAAAAAGGCAUUAUUUGCACAUUUAGUUUGAUAGACCUGACAGCGCAUCAGCUUCGACCCUUUCUCAUAAUGUAGAUAUUUAAGCUGCAAUACGACUGAUGAAGUUCACUCUAGUCAAAGCAAAUCUUUUUAUUUUUGUCUCAUAUGACUACAUGAAGCUGUAUUUUCUCUUCAUUUGACCAAAAGUAGUAGGGCUGGGCAAUAAACCGAAAAUUUACUGUUACCGAAAUUUACGACAAUAACCAAAGUCAUUUGGCCCAUGUCAAUAUAUUUGGUACCAAAAAAAGAAAUAAUUUAAAGUUGGUUUUGGAUGUGUGUAGGUAGGCUAUGGUCUCAUGUCCCUUUAAGAUGCUGUCCUACGUGGAAGAUGUGACUCCACCCCAUCCAGUCUGUAACAAAGAGGGAAAGACAGGUGAGGAAAUGGAGGACGGUUCAAAAGUUGUAGCAGCUGGAGCGGCGUCUGAAGUAGACAAAGUUAAUGUGGGAGGGGGUGAGCAGCUUGUGGAGUGGUUAUCGUCCAUUUAUCAUUAUCGAGGUGAACUGCUCAAUAUAUCGGGAUAUUGAUUUGAGGCCAUAUUGCCCAGCCCUAAAAAGUAUUGUAAGGCUUUGGAAAACCAGCCACCUUGAAUUUUUACAUCUGUAUCGCUACAGAAAUUUGAGAGAAUUUCAAGAACACCAUGUGCAGUGCUAACCUUGAAUUUAUCAUUUUAUAGCUCUUAUUUUGUAGUUUUUUCUAAUGAAAGUGUAAAAAACCUCCCAUAUACCUCAAUCAAAUUUGUGGAAGACAAAUUGCUUUGAUUUUUGCACAAACACAACUUUAAUUGUGGACUAAUGCUUUCUUCAUGGGCUAUAAUUGGUAAUAACAGCCCUUCUCAGUCUCAGCUGUCUAAUAGAUGUAUGCAUGUGUGUGUGUGUCUUUGUGUGUUUAGUUGAUAGGAAAUGAGACACUAUUCUUUCCUCAGCUCUCGGGGAUGUAAUUAGGUCAUUGUCUCCUCUUUAGUAAUGAGAGCUUUAUUUAAGGAACGUUUUCUCUCUCAUUAAAGGCCUCUUAACGUUGAUUCCCCAUCCUACUGCUUUUAAAUCCUCUACUCAGACAUCAUCUGAAUAAAAUCUGAACAAUCAGAGAGUCGAGUGUUGCCUUUUCAGCCAUCAGACAUUUGAAACGUUUUCCCUGAGUUAUUUUUAAAUCAAAGUUGUUCUGUGUUUCGUCCAGUCUCUUUGUUCUUGAUUUAUUUCUCCAGAGAAGAAGAAGAAUGUUGUUUAUGACUUCCUCAUGUCAAGGUAUCUCAUUAAAAUUCCUCUGUACCUCCUUCAUCUGAGGUCGAUGAGUCACGCUGGCCCUCUUUGAUGACAUCAUAUUGUUGUUGAGGCCUUUCCUCUUGGCCGGCUGGCUGACCUCUGCCUGUGCGAUACAACCCCAUCAUUACACCCGCACACUGCCCACACUCUGGCAAACACAUACUUACUGCUUUCUACUGGGAACUUUUUCAGAGAGAGCUCGGGUCUGCUCAUUCCUGCUCUCUCAACACACUCGCACUUUUCUCUCGCCUCCUCUCUAUUUCCCACGGAGGUCUACAAGUAGCCAUGACCUUCUGGUCAGUUAGUGUCAGUGGCUUUAAGAGCCACCUGUAAUUUUCUCCUGUAAGACACUGACACACAGGCUGUAUUUUUUUUCUCAUAUUCCUGCCAUGUAGGCAUACACCUCCUCCCCUCUUGCUGUCUGAUCCAGGCUGGAGCCUGUUAAAGGUCUAAUGAGAUUAGAGUUUAUUAGACAGUGAGUCGGCACUGCUCCCUGUUCUCCUCUUACUGCUGACUCUCAUUCUGGAGAAACAAAACACUUGUUAUUUAGCUAAGCUACCUGUGUGUCUGAGUCUCUGUGGCCGCCAUGUGUAUUUACACACUAAUCUAAUAUGUCUUAAGUCAGCUUGUUUAUUGUAGACAAGUGCAGUUCUUUCAGUCACAGAUUGGUAGUUAUGUUUUCAAGAGAUUGCAUAAAGUGUCCCAAAGCAUGUCAGUCAUGAAGGGUAAUUUUAUUAGAACAUUUUGUUCUUGUCAAGAACUUUUAAAUAUGGAAAGUUACUUCAAUUGUUGAUAUCCAACUAUCCUGGGGUUGGGUCAUGGUGAUGACAUGCUCGGCAAAUCAGCCCAAACAUUCCUCUCCCCGUCAAUGUUUCCCAGCUGCUCCUUGGGUAUCCUGAGAUAUUCCCCGACCAGGUGGGAUGUGUAACUCCUCCAAUAGGCUUGGGCACUACCAGCUCCACCCAGCUGUAUGGAAGAGACCUGGCUGCAGACAAACAUAGUUGAAAGUUGGAUUUCUGCUUGGAUCUCAGCGGUUAAAAGAAAAGUUGUUCUUUGUGUCGUUCUCACAAUCUUUAAGAGUAACAAAUAAAACAUGGACUUUUUACAUCUGCUGUCUGAUACUUCCAAUCACUGCCCAGAGCUCAUAACCCUAGUCGUGGGUAAGAGCGUAGACUCAGGGCUACAUCACGACCUUUGCCUUCAGUAUUGAAGUGCUUGCAUCUCUGCUGAUCUCGCUGACAAUAUCGUCAAUCUUGUGAUCCUACACUCUAACAGGUCCACAAAAACCCUUCCUCUGUAGAAUAAGCUGAUACAGACAGUACAGCUUUCAAAUCCAAGUAGUGAGAUAGUUGGGGCAGGUAUAAAUGAUUCACCGAAACAGCAACUGAACACCCCUUCCUUUCAUUAUGAUGCACUUUUGGCUGUUUUCUUGUCUAGACCAUUGUAUAGUUCCUCCAUUGUUGGACAGACCAUAAUCCGACCAUUUGGUUUUAAAUAGCCCAGGAGGAAUACAUUUAAAUGUUAAUUUUUCCACAUGUGCUGCUCACACCUUUGUGGAUCCUUUCUAAAAAUAGAACAUAUUAAAUGUUUGCUGUGAUUUCUUGCAGCCAUGACUGACUCUGACACAGUGAGGGAAAAGGAUUUUGAAUUAGAAGAGUGUGAGCAUAUGGACAUUAUUUACAUUUCCAAGUGAGUCAAGCUGUUUGGUUUACAUAAGAAAUAUAGUAAUGGGAAUUUAGUUUAAUGAUAUUUUGGUUUCAUCAUGAUGGAAAGCUGUGUGAAGUCGUCUUAAAUGGUCUCUGAUGUUUUUGCUUUUAUUUAGGCCACCUUUAAAGUAGGAGAUUCUGGGUCUUCUUUGCUUGUGAGACCGGUGCUUAGAAAUAUGAACAUCUCUCUCUGUGGAGCUGGAGGAUGUUGAGUACAGACGGUUGUGAAUCAAUUUAUCCAUUGAUUUCCUGUCCCAGCCAUCCUGCACAGGCUCCCUGUGGAGUUGAGCCGCUGGGUUAGAGGAGGGAUACCUGGACAGCAGCCUUGAACAGGUUGGCAGUCAGUCACUCUACAACAUACAUAAACACAUUCAUCAUCACUUUCACGCCCAUUUGCAAUCCUCACAUGCCUUCCAAUUCAAAUCAUGCUUUGGAAAACACACAGGGAAUGAGCAAGUGGCCACUCACGCAGUGGAAAAUUACCGUCCCCCAUGUGUGGGUUUCCAUAAUUCCCAGGAGAGAAGUUCAAAAGACCAGAUCAUGUGAUUAAGGUGCAGCCACAGCCUCCUCAUUGUGGUGAGACACUGCUCCCCCAGUAAAGGGUGUGUGCCUUUUCUUUGUCUUUGUGAACACUGUCCAGACUCUCAGAGGAAAGGGUUAACUUGUUGAGCCUAAUCUCUUUUUAACCUCUUUCUCCCAGACAGAGGAGGAUGUUUUGUGUAAGUGUGUCUCUGAGGAAUGCCAUGAGUAUUUGCAGGUCACUGUUUCGACUCCAAACAUUAUGCCUGUCCUGUCUUGUCUUACUUGCCAGCUCACGUUCACACUCUUCACCUAGCCUACUUUGAGUGUCAUGUAUUUAUGUGUACUUGGUGAUAUCCUUGUUGUCAGACAUAAAAAACUGUUCUAGAGUUUCUGGAAAAAUUGGUCAUCUGUGAGUACGUGUCUGUCACACUCAUUAAGUCUUGAGUUUCGAUGAUGAUCCUGCAUGCGGUGACGUGUCUGUGCACCUGAAAGCCCCUGGGCGGACUCAGCUGUAGCAGUCCUAUCUUGUUGCAAGACCUCUUUUCAGGAUCAUUCAGAGAAUUACCCAUGUGGCCAACAUUUUCAGCACGGUUUGGACUGUCAAGUGAUCCGAUAAUUACAUUUAAUCUCAUUUGUAGUUAUUGUAACAAAGAAGUGUUACAGUUUAUUAUUUCUGGUGUUUUUUUUUUACUCUGAAUUGUGGGUGGUCCUCCGCUCUGAAAAUGCCACAUUUGUCAUUAGCCCCCCUGCUUCCUCUGUCCAUAUUUCAUCUCCUGCCAAGUCUGUCAGUAUGACAAUAGUAAGUGAGGAUGCCAUGACCUUUUUACCACCUCUGUCACACCUGCAGGAGCCAUUGAAUCCUUUCUGUAGCUCUACCUUUUUUACGUGUGGUCCACCGUUCCCGGGGAAAAAGUGUUAUAGAGAGCACUUUAAACAUACUACCCAGCAGGUUUGGGCAAUUAAUCAGAUUUCAGUUUUAAGCGUGAUUAUUAUGAUCAAUGAUGAUUCAGUCAUGAUGUUACACUUGUUUGGUCCUUAAAGAUGAAUUCACACUCCCUCCUUUUCUUUUUUGUGUGCUCUACCCCUCCACUCAAACAGCUCUCACUUUUACUUUAUCAUUAAGAGCUCAGAUCAAUGUGCAGCAAGGAUUGGGAACAAGAGGAGGUAUCUCCAACAUGUUGUGCAGCAGUUGUACGAAGUAUCGGGUGGAGAGAGGAGAGCAGGGAGAGGAGCGGGGGAGGAUGGUGUCUGUCUGUUUAAAUAGAUGCUAUCAUUUCCAUGUGGGGUGCAUACUGUUUAUACCUUUGUCAUGUCUUAGCCACGCAACAAUAAUUUUCUGCUUUAUUGUUUUUUUCUAAGAAUUACAAGUUUUUAUGUUUAAGAAAAUUAAAGCUGUGCGUGUGUGAAAUGCAUAUGUCCAAUCAUGAGUCAUCUCUUUUUAUGAAUUAUGAUCUCAGUAUUAGUCAAAAUAAUGUUGAAAUAAUAAAUUUUUUUUUACAUGUUAUAACAGCCCCACUACCUAACUAAACAUAAAGUACUGUAUUCACACGUGCACUGCACACACAAUUUUUGUGGUAAGCAGCAUGUGUAAAUCCAAACAGGUCAUUUUUUUUGUAUUUUUUCCUAUUAACUCCUUUGUGAAAUUUUUGCAAGAAGUCAGGUGUGAGCUAAUGUGGGCGCAGAAAAAAAUUAGAAGAAUUUACCUCGGACUGUCUGCAGGCUACUCUGAUGAUGAUAAUGUCAUGUGACUAGGGUGUGAUGGGUGCAAUCUUCAUGCACAUAAUGAGGCAGCUCUGCACAGCUUUGUGCUCGCAAGUAUGUUCUUUUCCACCUAUUUGUUAAUACUACAUUGAAAAUUUGUAUUGGUAUGAAGGCAGAUUACUGUCAUUGCACUUUGCUUCUCUUGGAUAACUCAUUAACAUUACAUGGUGGCUACCGCAACGUCCAUUGUACAUCAUGACCUCCCCCUGUUGGGCAGCAAAAACUUGAAAACAAAAGAUUUGUGAAUGACAACUUGGAAAAAUUUCUGAGGCAAGCUGUCCUGAAAUGUACCAGGAAUAUUUUUGGGGUGUGCAUUUUUGAAAAAUGCUAACAUCGCGAGCUAAAGAAACAUCGUUUUUAUUUGAAGUAAUUUUAUAGAUUCAAUCUGUUAUUGGAUUCAUACUUUAAGAAUAUAUUUAUUCCUUUAUUUCUGAAUUUAGUUUGCAUUUGCAAGUUACACAUUUUAUUACUGCAGUUGCUUAUAUUUUUGAGUAACACGUUUAUUAUGGUCUUUCUUGUUUCAGUCGGUCAUAAUUUUGUCUUUUGCUGUCGGUUUCUGUUUUAAUUUCAUUUCUGUUUGGUCAUUUGUGCAGUAUUUUGGGCUGGUUGUGUUUAUGAAACAAACCGUAUAAAUUAAGUCAAGCUGAGUAUUUCACACCUGUUAUUCCACUUACUUUUUGGUGUCAACUUGUGCACCAGAAUUGGUGUUAAGUGUUGACACCAAAAAGUUUCCCAAAUGCCAUGAGAGGAAUUUAUUAGCUUGACUGAUUGUUUUGACAGCUGUUUGCCAACAUGUGUCUCAUUGUGUCCCCCCUUUAUUCCCAAGAUGGCCCUCAUACCUGCCUGUCCUGAACAGAGCAGUUUGACCUCUCACCCUGUGUUGUGAUUGGUGGAGCAGGAGUGGUCAUCCAUGGUAGUUUGACUGCUGGCAUCUUAAGUGUUCAGUUCCCAUCCCUUAGGCAGAAUCAGGGUUUGUUAGGAGUUUAGUUUUUAGUUGUUUGACCUUUGGCCUGAAGCCCUGUAACUGAGUCUUGGUGCAUCUUUAAGCAGCAGGUGACGGCCUCUGGCCCACCUAGCUGCACCAGAAAUGUGUUGGUCCAGACCUCCUUCUGAGAUUAAUGAUUCCACCUUUUACCCUCAAAUCUCUCGCCUUUCUUCUGUAAGCUGGUUGUGUUUGCUCUUCUGCUCUAAGCGGAGAAGUUUCCUGUUUUUCUUCGAGGCCCAGAGUAGCAGUUAAUCUGCAUUUGUCCCCUGAGUGACAUCUUUGUCCCAGCUGUGAGAGGGUACUGGGUUUGCAGUACAAAGUCAAGUCCAUUACAUACUGUAAUUCAGAGCAGCUAUGUUUAUUUUUGUGUAUUACUGCCGAGCCAAGUUUCAAAGGGGCAAGAAAUCUGUGACGACUUUGUCCAGACUGAGUUUAUAUUUUAUACCUUAAUUCCUUUAUGUCCGCCUUGAUUCGCUGAUCUUUGUCUCAUGAUUCAGGAACAUUAAGUCAUCAGUGUGUUAUUUUGUGGCUAAAGGAAAACAAUUUUAUGCUUCGGUAAGAAAUUAUUAAAAGCUGAAUACAUUUGAUUAAGAAAAAGUCCACUAUUUUUUAAUCAAAGACAGUGUUCAGACUGUCAUGAAAAAACUCACAGCAUAAGUUUGAGUCUUUGGCUCUCACUUUGGUUGAAUCGUCACUUUUAGUGUCAAAUUCCACAGGGUUUUUUUUUUUUUUUUUUUUUUUUGUGUGUGUGUGUGUGUGUGUGUCUGUGUCUUUACGACCAGCUGGCAGUUGGUAGCUGACUUUGCAACAAGUUGAUUGUCCGUCAGUCGACACAAAUCUAGUGCCUCAAAUUGUAAAAGCUGCCAUUAGUGACAAGACAACCUGAAUCGAAUCUUUGGUUCCAGCAAUUCAGCCUUUGGUCAUCACAGUUUGGUCAUAAAGGGAAAUCAUAAGUGUUAGCUGGAAGCUGAGUGCGAUAAAUAGCAAGUUGUUUUUAUUUUUAGACUUAGUGUGGGUUUGAAAUCCUGGGAUAUUUCCAAGUGACCAGAUUUCAAGUUGUUCAAACUGUACUUAGAUUUUCCCCUUGCUGGAAAGGCAAUUGAUACUAAAACUCUUGCUGUGUGACAAUUGGAUCAAAUCACAAGAAUGGACAAGAAAAAGGCAACGUAUCAUCAGCUGAUUAAAACUAAAACUAAUUUGGUGAUGCGUUGCUACAUCUUGAACAACCCACAGUGUUCAGAGUCAUAUCUUUGUCAAUUGUAGUUUUAUUUUUAGAGAAAAACAAAACUCUAAAUAUUUUAAAGCCAGUUUCUGUUAAAAAAAAAAAGAGAAAAAAACCUACAAGUUUUCAAGCCUUUGUCACCCAGCCCUAAACAAAACUCUUGGUCAAGAUUGUUGAACACCACAUUAUAGAGUAUUCUGGUUAGCAGUGCCAGAUUGGUUUCAGAGUUUGGCUAACAUUAGCGAAACUCGCACCAGCAGCCCUCCUUGCAGGUUACUGUCCACAUGCCCCUGUUUUUUACUCAUUGACACAUGACUCUACAUUUCAGAUCAAAAAGCUGAAAAUCCAGGCUAUUUUCUAAAUGUCAUUUGCCAUCUGUACUUGUUUAUAUCCAGGUGGUAGAGCAUAAUUGCAGCCUGGAAUAAUCCUAUGUCUAGCAUUUCAGUCCUUCAUUAACAAAAACAAUUAAUAAUCCCUUCAAUCAAAGAUAACAGUACAAUGUGCGCAAUGAUAAUGAAACACAUUAUAUUGUGGGUAAAGCCUUAUUUAAAAAAAAAAAAAAUGCAGCCAUGUUCCCAAACUGAGGUGGCAGCAUCAAACCCGAAGUGAUGUUGGUCGUAACAUCUUUUCUGCAAAAAUGUGGAUUUCUGUAUUUCAACCAUCUCUUCCACCUUUGUUAUCAAAUUCUGAGAAUCCUUGAGUUUAUUCUUGAUUGUGAAAAUCAUUGAGCCCUCGUUGAGUUUCCUAAGUGUCCAAACCAUUGGUGCCAAAAUACCCUUGAAUGAAAUUUUUUUAAUGAUUUUUCAGUUUAAAGUGAACGAUUGGAUCAAGGUUCUUCAGUAUCAGAAGGACUUUUUGUUCCAGUCUCUGAAAUAGUAAAGAGAAAAGCUCGACCGAUUUUUGGAUUUUUUCUUUGAAUAGAGAAUUGAAUAAACAUCUUGCAUCUUGAAAUACAAAAAUGACAAAUGUAUUUGACUCCUCUCACACAGGAGUUUGGUAAGUGAAUGAUCUGUAAUCUAUCUGGUUUACUUUUGAAAUACCCUGUCAGUCAAACUUGUGCUCUCAGCUCCUACACGUGUGGGGUCUCUGUCUGACAGGUUGUGAUUAAUUACUGAUGUGGGCUUGAAUGGGGGAGAGAUCUGACAAAGGCCGGGGGUCUGGGCUUUCAUUCAUGAUAUGUCAUCUGCACAGACGUCCCACGACAAGCACUGACUGGCGGAUCACAGUCACGCUCCCAUCCCAUAAUAAGUGACUGUAGGAAAAUGUACUUUGAGCCUUGUUAUUUGACACAAAAACAUGCCAAACCCUCUGCCAGUGUACGGCCUGACUAAGCCGGGUCAAUGUUUGUUUGAAUGACUCACAGACUGAUUUCAGAUCUGUGUGAGCCCCCAUAAAGCUCACACCCACAAAACACAGGUGUGUAGUGUGUACACAAACAGAUCUGUGCCAGUACUAUGAUGAAAUGUCUCGGCAGAUCUCAGCCAACCAGCGUGUGUUUAUAUUCUUCCUAGUGGGAAGGUGUGAUCUUCAUGCUUGUUAUGUCAAGGAGAGCUCCAACAGCUAUCAGGUUUAUUGACACCCUGAUUAGUUUUCAAGCAUCCGUCUCUCCUUCCUCCCAGAGUUUACUCUGUUCUGAGUAACCACGGUAACCUGGGAUGUUUGCAGUGAGUCUGCACCGGCAAAGCUGUCUACUUGUCAAAUGUCUCAAGUCCUGUAAGACCAGCCAGUGUGUUUACCUCUUCAUGGCUAGGUUGACUAUGACCAGCUAAUGUCAAGAGAUACAUGAGAAGUAGGCUAGCAUGCGUUGAGGAAAUGUGCAGAAUUCAGUUAAAUGUUUUGGGGACAAUAUAUAAAGACAAAUGAAGAAAGUGUUUAGUUUCUAAAGCUGUGUCCCAACUCAAGGGCUUUUCCUUUCAAAAGAUGUAGACUCCAAAAGGAUGCAUCUCUUGUAGCAAGCAUAGACGACUGAAGUCGAACAAGGAUGCUGUGAUAAAAGUGCUGUUGAAAUGUGUCUGUCAAAGGAUGCAGCCCCUGAGCUGAGAAACAGAUAAUGUCUUCUGCUGUUUAACAUGUAUUUUAAAGCUCAUGUUUGUCACAUACCAAAGAAAUGACUAGGGCUGCAACGAUUAGUCGACGUUAUCGAUUACGUCGACAUGACAAAUUCAUCGACACGAAAACGAAGGGUUGACGCGUCGUGUUAUUGUUGUUAAGAAUCACAUGCCGGCGCCUCACGCUAAUCUAUAACUGCAGUGCACUACAGGAUAUGCUGGGGGCAGUAGCGCACGCUGUUUACAUCCCGCGAGCACACACAGAAGAAGAGUGCACACGUUAUGGCAGAACAAACUGAAAAAGACGCUCCAAAACUCCGACCCAAAACUUCAAAAGUUUGGGAACAUUUUACGGAGAACAAACCAAAAAAACAUGUUGAUCAAAGCUCAGCUUUCCUACCAUGGCAGCACCACGGUGAUGCAUGAGCACCUGAAACGCCGACACCCCGGAAAUAGGUGUUUAUAAAUAAAGAAGAUAGUGAUUAAUCGGACGACUAGUCGAUAGAUUAGUCGACAAAAAAAUAAUCAUUAGUUGCAGCACUAGAAAUGACCCAAGAAAUGGCUCUACUUUUUUUUUUUUUUUUUCUACAUUAGUUAUUCCAUGAUCAACCCUUUUCCAUCACUUAAUUGGUCUGUGUGUGAAUAUGGCCCAUGUAACCACUGGUUAGUCUGAUAGGCCAUACUAGAGCUGGGUGAUAUGGCCAAAAGUGCUGCCUGGAUAAAGUUUCUUUUAAAUUAAGAGGCCGAUUUUCACCCCAAAAUGAAAUUUGGUGAAUCCAGCCAGUUAAUUAGCUCCUAUCUGGAGUCUGGCUCUCUUAUAAACUUCAUGAAUACUUUAUUUUCAACAGUGCUAAUAGGAAUCAGUUAUUUUGCAGUAUACUAUGCAAAUACACUUAUGUUCUGUCUCUUCUAUUUUUUUAAUUCCUAUUUUUUUGUAAGGUUACUUUGGACUGUCCGUUCUUGCCCAUGGUGUGUUCCAGUGAGUAAUAUAGUUUAAAACAAUGGAAAAGAUGGAAAGAGUUUGUGGUGUUGCCUGUCCUAGCUGUCAAUUUGUCAAACUGUAAGUUGACCAGGACAAACUAGGACAACGGUUUUUGUCCUGGUUUGAGCUAGUUGGCAUUACAUUUUCUUCAGUGAGCCUGCCUCUAAUUAUGACCGUGUUUACAACCUGCUUCAAAUAUCUGUAAGUUUGCCUUUCUCUAUCCCUGCAACAUGAUUAGCUUUAGUUUAUCUCCUAGUUCUCUCUGGCAACUAGGUGGUUUAAUCAAAUUCUAAUCAAACAUUUGUUUUAUUUCUGUUGAGAAAAAUUAUAUGAUGAUAAUUAUUUAUGUUAUUGCCCAGCCCUAGGACACAUACUGUUUUCAUACACUCUUUUAGGUUGUGUUCAUCAUGUGCGUUCAUAAUGUAGCACUACAAAGUAAAAUCAAUCAUUCAUCAAUGGACAACCUCCUAAUCAUUCCUACGCUACAUAAAACAAUAACUGGCCUGAGGUGGUUUUGACUCUUCCAUAUCAUGUGGAGUUAAAACCAAACUAUCUUCCAAAGCAUCACUCUGAGGGCUUUUUAAAAGAGGACUGACUCAUCUAGUUAAAAUGAGGAACUGCUCUGACAGUGCUGUCUUACAGUAGUCUAUCAUCUGAAUGGGGCCCUAAUUUUUGCUUAUUAUCCUGCGGCAGAAGAACUGGUUGGUCUUAUUUCAGGCUUUUGCUGCAAAAAAAUGUGUCUGCAAUAAAAGCUUCUUUUAUUGGUCUAUUGGCAAAGCAUUACAGAGAACAGGUGGAAAUGAGGAGAGUGAGCAGUUUUUUCUUUGUUUUAUUUACCUUUUUUGUCCCCCAAAGGCAAAACACCUACGUCAUUCAAACCCCUCUAUCAGACAUACUCAUAAGGAUAAGAAAUGGUUUUAUUACACCGAUUAGUGCGUACUAUCUUGCUGAUAGGGUUGGCAAAUGCUGCUUUAUCAUAACAACAGACUGUACUUUCCCUUUUUUGACUUAAAACAACAGCCAUCUGCUGGUAGGGAGAGAUACAACAAGGCACAUAAGGUACAUUCUCUUUGAGAAUGGGCUGCAGACUUUGUGCUGCAUUCAAGUGCAAUUUCUUGGCCAAGGCACAAGCAAUAUAAUUUAAUGCAACAGUCAGCCUUCAUCACAUCUGUUUCUGGAAGUCAUUUAGUUGUGUCCAGGUUUUAUGGACCCACUUUAGUAAAGGAACAAGAAACUGAAAAACUUUGGGUCCAACAGCUCCCAAGAUACUCAUCUUUCUGCUUCCCUACAGUACCUCAAACCUUACUUGGCAUUCAGCAGAGGUAAAGGAAGCUAGCAGCUACAUGUUACAUCUGGGCUGAGUCGAGGGUGGAAUGGACAAACACACUUGGACACUUUUCUUAAGGAAGUGAAAAAUGGUCAGUGCUGGGCUUCUUCUUCUUCAGUCUGAGAACAGAUGCAGUGUUUGUGCCUUGGCCUUUGGCCAGCGCUGUGUCAAUAUCCUGGCUCUGUUUGUCCACUGUAGAGGCGUUACAGACACUGGCCAAGGAAAGCAAAUCUUCUACUGUUGCCCACCAGUCUGACGCGCAACACUGGACAAUUGAAAGAUAAGACAACAAGUGAGAAAGUCCGACAUUUAGUAACAGGAAGAAGACAUCUCAAAGCUGCUGUUCAAGGAACAGUAUUGGAGUUAUCUUGUUGAAUUUCCCCUUGGCUUGCAUCUUUCUGCUCCAAUCGAAGUCGGCCUGAGCAGAGCAGAGCAGAGCAGGUGGCUCACCCUGAAAGACUAAGAGGAACAAAAGGCCACAGACACUGCACGCUUUCACUCGCACUGUGGAGAGUAAUGUGAGGAAAUGCUUAGUAUUCAGCUCAUAUUGACUGGUACUCAAUACACAGAUACUGUGACAUUUGUGAACUAAUCCCUCUGUAGCUUGGAUACAGACUCACUUCCUCUGUGUUUCUCCUCUUAGCUCUGAUGGUUUAUUAGAUACCUGAUAUCCAGGAUGCCUCUGAUUUUACGCUCUGAAUGCUGAGUUAAGCUGUGGCUUUUACUCAAACAGGGAAAACAACUUACUUGGGCUUACUUUAGCCCAAAUCCUAUCAUUGCUGGUAUUAAAGAAUGCAGUGUUGUGUCUUGCUGCCUGGGUAUACUUAAUUUUUACAUUUCAAACUUGUCUUUAAGGCCUUAGUCUCAAUUUGAUACAGAAACCUCUUUGUGGUCUUCAAAAACAAAACGGACCUUUUCUUCAUAAGUUAGUAAACUAAGAUAAAGUCCCAUAUAGUCUAUUUAACAGAUGUAAAGAGAAAUAUUUUAAGUCAUUUUUGUUUUAAUGUUGAUAAUUUUGGCGUAUAGUUCUUGAAAGUCAGAACUCCAGCAUCUCAUUUUUUAAGAAUAUCCUCCAAGAUCAAUGAAAACACUUUUUAAAAUAUAGUAAGGCUGAAAUUCAGAAAAGUGACUUUGUUUGUACACCCAUUACCUCAUUAGACUUCAGUAAGACCAAUCGCUGCUUCAAUAAGGCAGGCUUAGGGCUGAUCAGCCUUUAGCUCUACCAGCAGCGUCUGUCUGGUCUGUGUUUCGGGGUAUGUGUUUCUUAUUUUACUCUUGAAUAAUAUCCCACAGAAUUUCCCUCUAGUUCAGGUCAGGUGGUGGCCAGCCAAUCAAGGACAGCCGCGGCAAACCAUUGUGGCGUUGUGGGCAGGUGCCAAAUCCUUCUGGAAAAGGAGAUCUGCAUCUCCAUAAAGCUACACAACCCAAACUUUGCUAGAUAUGCUUUUUUUUACCCUUUGAGCAAUACGCCAUAAUUGUCAAAAUGAAAAUAGAGUUGGAACAAAAAUGCAAUUUCUCUACAACCCAAUAUAGAUACUUCUAAAAGAUUCCAAAUUCACUGUUUGUAAAAGUGCUAAAUAAAGUAAUCAGAUUAAAAUGUGCAUGCAGAUGAACAAAGUGUUUAAUUUAAACGAACUGUGUCAUGUGUGAAGAGUUGUCUUGGCUGUCUAAUGUGCUGAAAAUAGGCAAUAGUAAUACUGUUCCUCUUGAUGCUGUUUCUGCAACAGUUUGUUAAAAAUGCAGGAAAAAGGAAACACUGCUAUCACUGUAUACCUCCAUGUUGCUCUUCACUUGCCACUUGCUUUGCACCAGAAAUUUGGCUCUAUUCCUCUCUCACAUUCAUGACUUUGGGUUUCUUUUUUUUUUUUGUUUGUUUAGUGUUGAUUCUUUUUCAUUGUUCAAUCAUCCUGAAGCUCGACAACCCUGAGUUUUUUUCAAGCCCCUAGCUAAAAAAAAUGUGUCAGCUGCAGAUCAGUUUGCUGUCUAAUUAUAAGCAACAUUGAAAACAUUGAAAAGUGGAAACCUAUAGUGUCAUAUGUGGCAGACAUGUUCAGUGGAGAUAAUUUAACCCCAAUCCGGAAGAAACCAUUGGGAUGAGUGUUAACAUGGACAUCUGAAUGUGAAAUAUUAUGAACUCCCCAAUUAACAGAAAUGACUUUUCCUUUACUGAGCUGGAUUGGCCUAGUUUCUUCAGAUUGAUGCAUUUUUGGCCAUUUUUAUUCUGAUCAGGCUUUGAUUGUGAGAGCUCUGAGUAAGCACAGAUCAUGAUAGAUAGUGAAAAAGUGACCGGGGAAGAUUCACCUCAAGAGUGUACAUCACACAUACACACAGGAUAGUAUUAUCAUCCAAAUAAUGUGUGCCCCUUUAUCAGUGAUGGGACUGGGAUCAUAAUAACUGGUAAAGACACAGAAUUAAGCCUCUCUAACUAGAGUUAGAGUGACGGAGAAGAACCCUCUUUUCAGACUCAGGAUGUUGUGAGAGUUUGUGAACAGACCUGUUUACACCAUAGCCUCCGUUUUUUGGGGCUGUUUUCGUGGUUGAGAAGGUUUCUACCAGAAGGUUUUCUUCUGUGUUUGUUAUUGAAGAAGUUUGCCCUUGGAGCCAAAAUAUCUGCAGACUUCUUUUCCUCUCUAAAAAAAAGGAUCCUGUGGCUACAACUUAUAAAAUCAAUAAAAAAUGCAGCCUCCCCCUAAACUUCUAAGUUUUUUUUGACACUUUCUGGCUCCAUCCCAAGCGCCUGCUAACUUCAGCAUAGCUUUUUUCCCCGUUUUACUUCCAGACCUCCAUCAAAAGAUACAGAUUAAAAGGACAAAGCUCAAAAAAUAAAGUCUUGUCUGAAUGUCUGAGCCACAAAACCAUAUCUUAAGUUCAGGUUGAGGCCAACAAGCCUCUCUUCCUGUCUCUGUCUCAUUUUCUCUUCAGUCUUUUGAUCUCACACUGUUUCUCUCCCCUCCUCGUUCUACUUUGCUUCCUCGCUCUCCCUCUGACGGCUCUGAAAUGUGAGUGGGCUCCUGUGAGAACUGUUGUUAAGCCAAGUGUGUAUGAACUGGCACAGAGUUUAAGAGUUGUUCUUUCACUCUUUUUGUCAGACAAGCUGACUGGGUGAUCCCAGGGCCACCCAGAACCAGCCUUCACCCUUCAUAUGGGGCCAGCCAGGUAAAGAAAACCAGCCCGUACACAUUGAGGGAUGUGCCAGCUCAUGUGCAGGUGGUUUCGUGCAAUUGAAUUUUUACAGUAGAGCCUAGACAUACACUAAAACAACCGGAGCUUCAUGAAAACCGCAUGUGUGACAACCCUCAAGUGUGUUCAUAUGCUGUGCCAUAAAUCCAUACCGCCUUCCUGCAGGAAAGCUUUCCUUCUGAUGAUUAAUCUAUAGCUUACUAAGUGCACUCAGCUCAGAAACGUCUUGAUCAUACGACCAUGUGUCAGAUGUUUUUAUAGACCCACCACCACCUUGAGACAAUGUUGGUCCUGGUUUUCUGCACAUGGCAGCCGUAUGGGGUCUGCGAUCAAAACCAUUUUUCUCAGAGUUUGCACAGUCUAGCAGAAAGAUUCCCAUGAGCCCCCAGGCUGCACCUACGAGGUCGAGAUCUGGCAUUAAAACUGGGGUCAGUGAGUGAGUGGUUAGCCUCAGAUGUGUUUUGUAACUAGCACUCAGGGAUGCUGAGGAUAUUGUCUCUUUGAGUACCUCCAUUAGAGGUUUUGUCAGGGGAGUUUGAGUUUCUCUACCACCCUGCUGUUGUCUUACUCUUCUUGUUUGUAUUUUGUAUUUUCUUCUUUUUUGUAAAAGGAUUGAUUUUUGCCAAAAUAGUACAUCUAUAUUUGAUGACAUUUUCUCAAAUGCGCUGUUCUCAGUUGUCCAAAGGGUACAAACAUAAAAACACAAAGACGUGACUCAGUCUGUGGAAACCAAAAUGAAAAGGAAAGACCGAACUUUCACCCCCUGAUGCUGAAAUAAUGCUGUCACACAGGGACCUUCAGAUUAGAAGAGCAGCUCUCGUCACAGCAGUCUCAUGACACAGUUUACUCAUCUGGAGCUGUUGUCUCACUCUCUGUCUGAGACAAAAGAAAAACUCCCAUUCUCUAGUUUCUAUGGAAACUCUACUCGGGGGCACUUUUGGGGGGGCUAUUUAUGGUCUCCUGACAGUGUUGUGAAUCUUUGGAGGGAAAGGCAUUAAGAAUCCAGCCAUUAGUUUGUUCUGAGGGAGCAACCACCCUUAGUUAAUGGGCUAUCACCUCAAACAGUAACUGUCGAUUUGGGGAAUAGACUUAUUUGCUUUCUUGCUGUGAAGUUAGUAAGACAAUCAACACUGCUGGCAUGUUUUUUUGUCCUGAAACAGAAGGCUACAACAGAAAACAUAGCUUAGCAUUAACACUGAAAACUCAGGAGUGGCAACAAAUGUGCCAAAAUCAAACUUAACUCCUAUCAAGUUGAGGUUCUGCUGUGGCACAGCUGGUGGAGCAAGUGAUCUAUGUAUAGAAACUAUCCUUAUUGCCCUUGUAAAAUCCUGACGUUAUCUUAUGUGUCUUUCUCUCAUUCUCCCCUUAUUUUCUUUCUCUUGGACUGUCCUCUCCAACAUCGACUGGAAAAGCCCCAAAUCAUCCUAUUUUUCAUCCACUGUGAAAGCUUUAUGACUCAGAUUUGUUUUCUUUCACGGAAAUGAAAAGCAGACGAUCAUAAGAACAUUUAGACCUUUACUGCCACUUGUGAAAAGUGUACGAUCUGUGAUUAACAUUUCAGCAAGAAAAGCCAAAAUGUCUGGUGAAGCUGCAUGACAUUGUGAUGCUUUUUUCCCCUUUCUGCAGUAUAUGUUGUGAAAAUACAGUCAUUAAUACCAGUGCAUUUUAAGUGCUUAGAAACAAUUAAAUCCUUAACAAAACAAUUAUUAUCACUAUUCAUAAUUAAGAUCUCUGAAUCUAUUUUCUGCUGUCAAAUUAAAUCUCCCUCCCACUCAUGUCACACAGUUUUCAGCUCUCUGACUGCAGCAUGUAGAAAUAGACACAACAAGAAGAAGAGAUUAUAGGAACAACACAUCUACAUCAACUUGACUCAUAAAAACAAUUGACUCACUGACAAAAUCUGUCGUUUCUGUCAGUGUUAUAAAUGAAUCUGCAUAAUGAGAAUGGAAACUGAGUGAUGUUCAUGCACUGCAGGUAAUUUUCAACAGACGUUUUUUGAUGUUUAUUGAAGAAGUGGUGGCAGCUUGACAUCUUCAAGUCAUAUGACUGAUAUUGCUUGUCCUGUGAUGGGACUAUCAUGUCACACACUUGUAAUGUCCUUUGAUAAAUCAUUCUGCACUAAUUUUGGGGUAUCGGUUCAGCUUCUCGAAGAGGCUGGAGGCUGGAUGAACUCUCAGCCUUGACCUUAAGCUGCAUCUAACCCCCUUUUCUCCGUCCUCAGCUGUCAUGUCUGAUAAAAGCAUAAACAAGGAUUUAAAAAUAACUUUCAGAAAUAGGAAAGUCGUCAAAGUAACCGGAAACUAGAAGCUUGUUGUACAUUUGAGAAUAUUGUGCUGUGCGAUCAGGGCUUUUUCAGUCUAAUAUUUUUUUCUGAACUACUUUGUAAAUGAAUGAAAUAAGUGUUGUACAAGUUAGAAAUGUUAUAUUUGGACAUUACAGUGAUGAAUUGCCGUAAUUUUAAAGAAAUUAAUACCAUUUGCUGAAAAGAGAAACAUUAGUGUUAGAUGAAAUGUUGAGCCAAAGACAUUUUUAUUAAUCCUAAAAUGUUGCCAUGUUUUUCAUUGGUGCUCUCUCCACUGUGCAAACAGAAAAAAGCAGUAAACAUAAUGAACGAGCAAGAAUCAGCUUCAAUAAAAAUCUAAGCAACACUCGGCUUUUGUGAAGUGGGAAUUAUUUAUUGACUUGACCACAGUUUGUAGGGAGAGAGCGAGGCAGUAAACCGUUCAGGCUUUCCAAGAGCUUUACUGUAUGACAACUCUCUGUGCUUGUUUGUUUCACUCACUACAUGGCAAAUGAGGUCCCACACAUUAGUCCACACUCUCAGAAACACUGUGAGCAGUCUGGAGGCCAGAUGGAGGCUUGGAUCACAUGUGAGAGGAACAGGAAGUUUUCAGAAACCCUCCAAAUUCUCCUCCUGUUCUUCCUCGUGUUUUGCCAUGUUGCUAGGUUUGGUAAAAGCGUCUCUUAGAUGGCCGAGGAGCGGGAUUCCCCAAAAGUUGUUUGUUUGAAUAACCAGCUUGGAAAGUUGUGAAUCAACUUGUAGUUUGUUUUUGAAGCUAACUUCACCACUAGAUUUUUUUAGCUGUGUCAUUGUGUAGAGAAUGUGGCAGCUGAAAAAAGCUGAAAAAUGAGUUAUAACCGUCAUUUUUAUUGCUUUGGUUAUGAAGUUUUUACUGGACUCUUUUUAGCUGAUUAUUCUUUCAGGUAUUUGGGGGCGGCCCAGAGCAAUAAAAUACUAACACAAACCUUAUCCACUAAAACACAUCAAAAGGACCUUGGAAAAACAGUCAGUUAUUCGUAAGAGAGUAGAGGCAGUAUUAGAAGUGAGAUUAUCAGUGACAAGGUAAGUUAUUUUCUGUAUUAGGUUGAAUUUCCAAUGAAAAAAAAAAGUCAAUAUUCGCCACUUUAAAGUGUCUGUUUAGAGCUCUGUGGGUCAAGUUAGAACAUUGACUGUAUAUAGAAUGGACGCCAUCUGCCUCCUCACUGGGUGAAGCCACCCCGAGAACAGCACCCUCUGGUGACGGGCUGCAGUAUAGGUCAUAAAUCUCGCCUCCUCCAGCAAUCCCUAUGGAGAUGUGGACAAACUUUGGAAAUGAAUUACACAGAAUAUAUAUAUUUUUUUCCCUCCUGCUUGCGAUGUUGACAUGUAGUUAUUGUAAGACUGGUUUGGGCUCAAGUCCUCUUUUUUUCUAUGCAGCUCAAUUUUUAAAAGUUAUGAGGGGGUUCAUGUUUUCUAUUAUUGACACCUGUUACAGCCUUUUGGUGUACAAAGAGUGCGUAGCUCGCCCGGGGUACACGCUGUUUGAGCCAAGUGUCAUCACAGCGACUCUCGGCGACUCUUCCGCUGAAUGCAUACAACGCUACUUCCUGGUUCCAGGAAGUAGAGAAAAUCCUGGAAAUACAGAGAGCAAUUCGGCUUCAGAUUGGUAUAAUGACGAAGAUGGUGCCAAGUUGUCUUUAGUAUAUACAGUCUAUGAGGUAGAAGUAUACAAGAGUUUGUCUUUGGGUAGUUUUUUUUUUUUGACUCAUGGUUGACACUGAAGCAAGAUUAGUAAAAGAUGUACGUUUCUGUUGAAGUACCAUUUUGUGCAGAAAAACUCUACAACCAGGGCUUACCUCAGUGAAAGGGUUGAUCUGAUGUUUCUACUUGUGUGUGAAUUUCUUUGCUGUUUUAGUUCUGUUUUUAUGUUAACAGUUAAUAUGUUACAAAGCUACAAAUCAACACAUUAACUCGUCACUGUGCAUCCUGCAAUAAAUUGUCUUGACUUGAGUGAAGAAAAGUGGCAUUGACUCAUUUCCUACAACCAUCCCACUCAUCCCGGAAAACCACAACCAGAAUCACCACAACACCAGAGCUCCUCACAUUGCCAUUAAACACAUAGGAAAAAAGCAGAAACUGAAACAAUGAUAUGAACAAUUUAAAGACCCCCUCCUUGUCUGACUUUGUGUACGUGAUGAGUUGCAGUUCCAUGUCUGGUUGGUUUGGUCUGAAAAGGUCUCUCUUUCUCUCUGACUAUCGCUCCAAUAAGCUUGAUACCAUCACCUUUUGUCUGCCUCUCUUUGUGUGCAGCCCAGUUCCUGGGUUUUAUGCCAAAAAGGCCUGAGGUUUGUAGACAGUGUGGGGAAGUGUGCUCUACAGUGGUCAUUAAAAAGGCCAUUAGGAAUCAAUUUGAACUAAUGCAGCUCUAAUGGAAUCAAGAUGGCCCCUGCUUCUGUAUUCCUCUCUCCUGUCAUGUGUCAGGUCUUGUGCCACGGUGCAGGUGGCAGUGAUCUUUGAUCAACAGUGACUUAGUAAUGAAUCACAAAUGCCCCCUGAUGACCACCUGGUUAGUCUGGCAGAUGCUGCUCAUGCUGAUACUGUCUGACAUGUCUGCUCCUGGAGAUAUUUGUGGAAGUCAAACCAGACAGGCUGCCCCUCCUCAUCCUGCACACACUGUUUUGGCAGUGGUGCCCCCUGCUCAGUCUGGGCCCCCUGCAGAGCUCCUGGAGGUAUCCAUAUGGGAGUGGAGUCACGUCUGGCACAUACAGGGGUGGGAUAAAGGUUUAUGUCUGCUGUGGUUACACACUACACUUGAACUGCUGACGGAGCAAAAGCAACCUUGAUGUUUUCACUGUACAGACAGGCUGCUGUACUGGUGUUAUGUUUGCUGCAUUGCAGGGUUCAAACUGUAAUUUUUCUCAUCUGAUGGAGUCCAUAAACCUUUUUCAAACUGCUUCAUGCCAAACCUAAAGUUUAUGUCUUUAUUGUUUCAACAGCGUCUCCUGCAAACAUAACUGUGUAAAGUCAGGCUGUUAAAGUAAUUAUCCCCAUUUGACCCAGUCUUCCCUCCCCAGCUCGACAUGCAUGCAUGUGUUUUUAUGCACGUCUGCUCACUGGUUGUUGACAUUUGGCUGUGCUGCAGAGCAGAACACUUUGUUAAUUCACUUAUAAUCCAGUGCUGUGGAAGAGAACACUUUAACAGCCAAAUCCCUUUAGCACACAGGUCUAAUUGCAUUAUCUGCAGUACAGGAGUAAUUGCACACACACCAGCUGAUGCUCUAAACGUCGAGCUUAAUCACUGUCUUUUCCUUCACUCUCUUUUCUCUGUCCUUGUUUGUCUGUCUGUCUCAGAUUCAUACACCCUGGUACAUAACACGGGCUGGCAAAGCAAACAUGAUUAUGGAAGAGUUAGUUUUGAAUUCUAAUAAGGCGACUGAGCACAGCCUCUUUAUCCAGCCACAGAGGAAAACUAAGAGUGCUGAUGCUUUAGACCUCUGUAUUUACUAGACUUUAAAUCUGCAAACCAUGGCUCCUUGGGCUCAUUCAGCCAUGACCCACUAGGCCCACAGUCAGACCCUGGCAAAUGUUGGCCCAUCGGUGGGCAUCUUGAGUCCCUGUUUUUGCUGUGUGUUCCACACCACUGGCACCAGUUGGCCCCUCAGUCUUGGCUGAUUGAGUUUGUUGAAACGGCAGGGGGGCCCAUUGUGAGAGAAGUGAUUGACACUCUGAUUAGCUGUUCAGAAGGAAGAAUGGAUGGAUGCCUGAGAAGAAAAACAGAUGGCAGGAUAACUCCUUUAGAAGUUGUUUAUGUUGAUGAAUCCAAAUGAAUCGCUCUCCUGCAUCCCUGUUUGCAUAGUAUUGAUAGGAUUCUAGGGGUGGGAAUCAACAGUGGCCAACAAUUAUUUCAACUGUUUAACUAAUUUGGCAUUUGUCUUUCCUUUAUGUUUGUCUUAUUUAUGCUGUAUUUUAUUUUUAAUGUAGUACAUCUUGCAAACCUUAUAUAUUUUUGUUGUACUAACUUUCUCUUGCUCUAUGAUGUAACCUCUGCCAACUUCACUGAACAAACAGUUGAUUUUAUUUUUCCAUUAUUAUAGAUUUGACUUCAUAUCAACAAUUAAUUUGAAAAAAUCAAUACUUGGUCAAUAUCGCGAUACAAAAUUUCACCAGACAAAAUAUCGCGAUACUAUGCUGUAUCGAUUUUUUUCUCCCACCUCUAUUGGGUUCCUACCAAAUUUAUACAAUUUCCUGAUGUGGCUCUUUCAGAAUAAAGGUAUUUCAACAAUUAAAAAGGUAGAGACUUUUAUUUUCAAGAUUUUGUCAGAAAUCAGAUGUUUCUAUUGCAGUGGUUCUCAAAUCCAGUCCUCGAGGCCCACUGUCCUGCAUGUUUUGGAUGUUUUCCUGCUCCUACACACCUGAUUUAAAUGAUCAGCUCGUUAUCAAGCUCUGUAAUGGCUUAAUAACGAGCUGAUCAUUUGAAUCAGGUGUGUUGGAGCAGGGAAACAUCUAAAACAUGCAGGACAGUGGGUCUCGAGGACUGGACGUGAGAACCACUGAAUUAUUGGAUAAACUAAACAAAUAAGUCUGGUGAAGCUAGGAUUAAGGGGACGAUUGCAGAGGUUAGAACCAAUGAGUGACGGUCACAUCCCACUUCAUUUUAUUCUUUUGGACUCAAGACAGCUGAGUCACCAGUUGAAACCCACUUUCAGGUAGGUCAACCUGUUAUAGCGGAGAUGCAAAUCCCAGCAGCACUGUUAUUUGCUGCCAUCAAACUUGAAGAGAAAAGAGCACUAGCCUAGCUGAUUGCUGCAUCCUGAUGCACUCUAAUCGUAAAUCUUGACACCCGCUCUAACACAAGGAGGAGAGGUUCUGCUUUGAUCAGGAUGCAGUCCAUUUGUUGCUGGUCACAAAUCACUCUGUUGCAUUUUUAUUUUUUACCCGCUGCCUCGGCCAUAUUAGUGCUGAGAGGAAUAAAUCUCCUGUCAAGUGAGGACUAAAUGUAUAAUGUAUUUGUGUACUACAAUAAAGCCUGUUUAAGCUGGUGAUGACAGCAUUGCAAAAUCAAUGCCAUGGCAGACUAUAACACCAGUGACAGUAUUGAAACUGCCUAGUUAUUUAUUUAAAUACUAGAUACAUAAAUAAAUCUUUAAAAAAAAUACCAACACAUGGACGCUAAUUUCUCACUCACUGGUUGCUGCAUGCAUAUGUACCCAGGGGAAGUAACCUCAGUGUGAGCAGUAUUGACCAGGCAUGAACCAGCAUGCUUUGGAAUAAUCCUUGGAAAAGUAAGAGCAGACCUAAUCUACAUUCAUACUGAUAUCCUCACUCCUCACCAUGGUAGUCCAUUUCUACCUAAGAAAUCUCAGUUUGGUCACCUCAACACUGUUACAAGAGCCAAUCAGCAACAUCUCGCUGUAUAAAAGUAAAGAAAAGUAACAGAGGGAGCAGGCAGCAUGUUUCUUCAUGAACUUAACCUUACUGUUUCACAGUUAGCUUACUCUUUUAUUAUGCGUCAGCUGCUCUGCGACAGAAACUUUGAAUGGAAUGAAAACUCCUUAUUUUCAUCAGCUGUGGUUCAGCGUUACAUGAUGUCUGUAAACAUCCCACCUCUCUUACAAGAUCUGAAAGAUCCGCAAACUAGUAGGGGAGAAAAAUUUCGAUACAGCAUAGUAUCUCGAUAUUUUGUCUGGUGAUAUAUUAUAUCCUCUCAUUUACCAAGUAUCGAUUAUUUAAAUUAAGUGCUAAUAUGAAGUCAAAUCUAUGAUAAUGGAAGAAUAAAAUCAACUGUUUGUCCAGUGAGGUUGGAAGAGGUGACAUCAAUGAACAGGAGUAAGUUAGUACAACAAAUAAAGCAGCACCUUGGGAAAGACAUUAGGAAUGCAAACAGGGCACAAAUGAAAUUGACCUGACACAUAAGGUUUGCAAGAUGUGCUACAUAAAAAAAAAUACAGCGUGAAUAAGACAAAUGCUAAAUUAGCUAAACAGUUGAAAAAAUUGUAUAGAUCGCAAUAUUGUAUUGCAAUACUCACUGUAUUACAAAAUGUUAAAAAUCGCAAUAAUAUAUUGCGGGGCCACUGGUGAUUCCCACCCCUACAAACUAGUGAGGAAACUUUUCUGGAUGUGGGUAGAGUACCUCACUUUCCUUUUUCAACUCCUCAGACAUGAUUUGUGCUGCAGGAGUAGCCACACACUGUGGGUCACUGUCCCUGCAUCCCGAAGCUGUUCACCGCAGUGUCCUCUGUCUUCUGUCCUCUAUCCUCUGUCCAACCAAAAGUACUUUUUUAUGCAUGUGCAGAAAGGGAGAGCUGGGAGUUGGUAGUUGUGCGCAGCUUCUUGGCCCAGAUUCAGGUAAGGUAGCAGUUGGCUAAUGUCAGCUGAUACUUUUUUAACAACUGUUUAGUUUACCUGGAGCUUUAAACUCAUUUUAGAGAGGGCAAUGUUUUCUCACAUGCUUUUUGUGACGUUUUGUGACACCAAUGACAAAGACCUGACCCCGUCUCCGAGCUGCAAAGUUGCUACAAGUUUUCUCUGUAGUGGAAGUAGAAGAAUUCAGGCUGGAGGUUAUCUUUAGUACUCAUCUGUUGUUAAAGAGGUCAAAAAAUACAAUUCGUUACAACUUAUAACAUCUCAAAUGUGGUGUGAGGAGGAGGUUGUGAAAGCAGCUGUCUGGCGCCUAAAUAACUGGUAUCUUGUUCCAUGUUUAUCCAGCUGAUAGAGGGUAAUGACUCAUUAAAUCCUCAAUUAUCAGCGGUAAAUCAUUUAUCUACUAUCUGAGAUGAUAGUCCACCGAAUCCCUGUAGCUGGAGUUACUCAGAUGACAUCUUAUUAUUUUACACACUUGUUAGUAUGGUGAUGAGAUCAAAGUAUAAGAGCAGCAUAAGAGUUUAUUUUAUUUGUUGCUAAGACCGCAGUUAAUGUCAAAGGCUUGAAAAUAAAGACAACAAGCCCCUUUUUGGAUCAACAGACUGUUUUUGUUACCUAGAAUUUAAAUGGGUUGUUGUUUCUGCGGCUAAUUCUCUCCUCUAAAUCAUUAAAGAGGCCCCGAGUCAGAGGAGUUUUACAAGUCUGAUACAGCAGCAACCAAACAGUGGCUUUUGUUGCUGCAUAAUUACACCCAUAAACCUUUACCCCAGAUGUUGAGAACAAAUAAAGAGGCUAAGUGAAGAAAGAAAACAUGCUUGUCCUCAGUCAGACCGGAUCUCCAGUUGUCUGCUAUCGCCGCUUUAUGGUAUUUUGACGUGAACUCAAGAUUUAGGGCAGUUCUUCAGGAGAGUUCAAAGCGAUAAAAGUAUGAAGAUCUGUGUCUCUGCAGCCAGCGAUCACACUUUUUAAAGCUUUUAUGUGGUUGCAGCCCUUGAGCAGCAUGAUCUUCACCAGAGGGGGCCUUUAGUCCAGACUGAGGCUGCUCCUACAUACAGGUCUGCUACGACCACAACAGCUAAGUCUCUAUGCAUGCAAACUGGAAGUUAACACCCCUCAGCCAUCACCCAUCUCCAGUUUUGCUCCAUCUUGCACGCCAUCUUAAAGGCCCCCAUAGUCAGUCAUGAUUUUCUUCCUCCCUGUAUGUGAAGUCAAGUGAAACAUGAAAAUGCACGUCUGCUGACAGCCUCUAUUUUACAGAGCCAGGACAGGGAGAUCAAACCCCAGACAAGAAAAAGGCAGUAACAGUGUGAGACCAAAAAAUAUACUGAUGGAGAUGUUCCUGAACUGCCCACAAAUCGUUGACGGUCCAAUUAUCAGCAAAGAUGAAACAGAGCUGACUCGCAUUUUGUCAGUGGGAUAGCUGUGUCUGUGUAUAUGGUGCAACACUGAGGCAAUAGCAUGGGAAGUUAGAAGUGAUAGUUGGAAAAAGCUAUGCAUAUCUAUUUUUAAAGGCCAGGUGUGUAGGAGAGGAGCAAGACAAAAUAUGCAAACUCAUGUCUAACUCUCAGAACCAUGAAUACUUAUCUGCAACGCAAUACAAAUUAGGGAUGCUCCAAUUAGCUUUUCUUGGCCUCAAAACCAGAAGUAGAUAUUUUAAUACCAAUGUGUGUGUCAUAAAGCUGUACACUGCUCUUGUCAUAUACCGAAUAUAUAUAUUUUUUUCAAAUAACAAACAAAAAAAUGCAAAGAUGUUUUCAGCUUAUUUCAAUUGACUGAGUCAAGUUAGUGUUGUUGUAGAUCUCAUCAUAUCAUCACAUCAUAACUCUGCAUGUCUCACUUGCGCAAUACCAGCUGGUGGCUCCUCUCUUCCUACUUCCUGCACUGUCCUGUCUUGUCAAACAGAGGCCAGAGAGCCAAAAAACAAAACAAAACAAAAAAGCUCAGAAAUCAAAACACUUCUGCUAAGUAUGCAGUAGUGCACACUUGAACUCAAAAGCAGGGGAAUCAGUCCAGUGUACAACAAGGCUCAUGGAGAAGAUGUCAGAGCUCCAAAUGUCUGUUAUAACACUAACAGCAGUCUCAUCAUGUUUCAAAUCCCCUCUCCCAUUGUCCCUAACUUUACCAUACAGCUUUGGUAAGGCAACAGUUGAAAUAGAGCGUCAGGCUGACAGGACAUACUGUACAUCCAAAGGACAGUAAAAGCCAACCUUUACCAUAACGAAGAAUGCUGGUGGUCCAAAGUAAUACUUUUAGAUCCCUCUUUCCUCUGAUCAUUUUGGCCUUUACUCCAUCAGAGGAAAGAGGGCUUUGGGAUGGGCUGCGAGCUGAGCUGCUGUUAGCCCAUUUGUAGGGGCUCAGCCACUUUUUCGGUCAGGAAGCAUCAAGUGUUUGGGAUGCUGAGGGUCUUACAGGGUUCAUAAAAGGUCUCUUCCUGUCCAGAGAAGACAAACCUGGUUGAUGGGGGCUACAAACAGAGUUAACAACUGUCAAGCUUCUUUAUUUCAGAAUUCAGACUAGCAUUGGCUGAUAGUGGAAGUUUCUUACUGAGCAGCCAAGCCUGAUCUGAUUGAGGUUUUGAUUAAGUUGUUUCAUGUUGGCCCAUGCUGAUGUCCAUUGGGGAAAAUUAUAUCCUAAAGUUGUUUAUUUUAGAUCUGCAAAAAGGCUCACCUUCUUGUUCCUGCUAACAGACAGGACAUAUUGUUCUUGUACAGUGUGGCGUACAUGCUAAACUCUAUUAACUGACACUUUUAUGAGUCUGGAAGUGAGGCCUUAACAUGUGCAAAAGUAAUUACAUAACAAAGCUGAAUUUGGACACUGCGCUCCAACUGCAGUUUUUUUAAGUCCAGGUCUUAGUGUACAGAUGUGCACUUACAACCUUUGCAGUUUUAAGGGGGUCAAGUGUUUCAUAUUUAGUGUGUCAUUAGAUCACAUUGGCCUCGUGUAAGCCUGAACUCGUUCUGUCAUUUGCCACAAAAAAAUGGCAGAGCUUCAACUUUCAUUUGCAUUUUCAUCACGAAACUCCCUGCCAGGCCUGGGUGGGCUCAAAAGCCCUGUUUCCCUCUGAAAGGAGGCCCAGUUCCAGUGCAGUGUUGCAAGGGGGCUGCAAUUCCCCCUCCUCUCACCUCCCUCUUUCCCUCCCUCCCCACAGGCAGGACCAGCAGAGCCAGAGAGCGAUUGGCUCUGUGCUUUAGGCUGUGUGAUUCUCUGCAGCAGGGUAAUGUCACCCCGGCUCACCAUCACAGCUCAUUCUGUACUUUUAUUCUCUGAGCCUUUAAACGGUUCAUUAGCCUUUAACAAGACUGCAGAGCCCGCUCCAAACCCUGUCUUAACCUCCCUCUCUCUCUCGCUCUCUCUCUCUCUGUCUCUCUGGAUCACACUAUCACUCUGCCUGAGCUCCAGCCGUUUGUCUUAUCCUAUCUCUGUCCAUACUCCUCGUCGACUCUGCAGUUUCACUUCCAGAGUCCAGACCCAGUUUGUGAUUCUGAUCACUGCCAAAGACGUCUAACUGCACUGAGGAUAAAUGGUGGGGGGUGGGUUUGGACCGCAGCCUUCUUCAUGGACACCCACCCUGAAUGGAGUACAUUGAUGUUUCUCUAUCCUGCUACUCCCCCCUUACUCACCCUGUCCCUCUUUCCCGGGAUUGUCAUUCUCUGAAUGGGCCUUUCAGGACUCGAGGCUCGCAGACUGAGAUACAAAACCUUCCUCUGCGAGAUAAAGGGACAGAGCCUUGGGCCCUCUGAAGGCGUUAGUCAGCUAGUCACAGCCAGCAGGACUCAUCAGACUUCAGCUGUGAACACUCAACAUAAACUCUUUAACCAUCAGGAAACAAACAGGGCAGAUUACUUCCUCUGAACUCACUUCAUGUUGUUUCUGCACCCUAAGUCUUAAACAAGUUUGGAUACUGUGUUGAUAAAAGCAGAAUGUGAUGCUUUUACAAAUCAUGUAUGUGAUUGAAAAUAGUGCAAAGAUAACAUCACACUGUAUAUGCUCAAACUGAAACAGUUUAUCGCUCUAUGAAAAGUAUGUGCUCUUCUUCAAACUGAUGCCAGUAACUUGGCUCAAAAAAAGUUUUGCCAAUUUUCUCUCAGGAACCCAAUUCUGUCAUUGUUGAAAAGUGAUCAUAGACUCUAUGGACAACUUGGUUCUGCCUUUCGCCAGUAUACAAAUUUGAAGCCAAAAAGCUCUCGGUAUUUCCACGAUUUUCCUCCACUUCCUGAAACCAACAUUGCGCAGCAGCGUUGUACACACUCCACCACUAGCACAGUAGCUUUGUACACAUUCGGCGGGUGAGUCACUGAGAGUCCUUGUGAUGACACUCGGCUCAAACAGCGUACCCCCCGGGUGAGCGAACCAAUCUUUGUACGCCCAUAGGCUGUAUCAAGUGUCCAUCAUAGAAAACAUGAACCCCCUAAUAACUUUUAAAAAUGGACCUGUAAAGAAAAAAAGAGGACUUGAGCACAAACCAGUCUUACAGUAACUACAUGACAACAUCGCAAACGGAGGGGAGAAAAGUUUAUAUUCUGUGUAAUUCAUUUCUAAAGUUUGUCCACAACUCCAUAGGGAUUGCUAAAGGAGGCAGGAUUUAUGAGCUAUACUGCAGCCUGUCACCAGAGGGUGCUGUUCUUAAGGAGGCUUAACCAGUGAGGAGGCAGUAGGCAUCUGUUCUUUAUACAGUGUAUGAUAGUGAUGCAUGAGAAUGGAUCUUUAGCCAGUAUCAUUUGCACCAAAACCGAUGCACCCCUGUUAUAUCAUUAUAAAGUGGACCAUGAUUUACCUGUAGUAGAAUUCAUCCUUAUUAUUAAUCCUAUCAGAACAGUCUGUUUUAGAAACAGUGAAAACUCUUUUGUUUUGAACUGGGGUUGUUUGUGAUUCAGGGGUGACAGAUCUGACUGUUUUGAACUUACACUGCUUCAUAUUGACUGUUGCUAAGCUGUUAGCAGUGCUACUUUGGGCCUUUGCUUGUAUGUUUCCCAGUUCACAGCUCUCUGCCUCUGCUCUGGUACCUUUCUGUAAACUCAGCUUUGAUAGGUGAUUAUUUUUGUUUGAGCCCAGCUAAGCCUGAACACAAAGCGGGAGCUUAAACCAAAGUUGUUUUACUUUAGAUUUGAUUUCAUUAGUAUUUGUUUAGUCAUUGUGGUUCAUAAUUGUACAGAUUUUUGUUUUCAGUGUUUCCCCAGAAGCUUUAUUGGUGUAUCUUUUUAUUUUUAAGAAGCUGUGAACAACUCCAUUUCAUUUCACUACAUUUGUGCUAGUUAGAGUAGAAAGGUCAGAAGGUCAGGCUAGAAAUGUGUUCACACCAGAUGUAAGGCAAAUUUCUUCUUUGAUCAAAUGCAAAUAGUGCACAUAAGAUAGGAGGACUUCAUUGAUCCCCAAAUGAUAUGGGUUCCUGAAAGGCGACAUCCCCUUUUAUACUUGGUCUUGAAAUAUUUAUGACCAAAUCAGCUUCAAGGCACUAAAUUCCAAUCUGAUUUUUUAAAUACUGAGUGUUUUCUUAAACUGAAUCCCAGUCAGAUUCUUGCAUUGUGUACAAAACCUGCAGACCUUUUUAUUUGUGUGUGUGUUAAUAAAAAAUAACUGAGGUACACAAGUCAACUAAAAUAUGUUUUAGGUUUAAGCUACUCUCUUGGAUUGUCAACCAGCAUUGAGGUAGAACUUGCAUAAAAAAAAUCAGUCCACUCAGUCUACUUGAAUGUUCAGACAGAAAAAUAAAUCACAAAUCCAUUUAGCGCCAGUCGUCAAAGCUAUGAAUUCAAGCACCUAUCUGUAAUCUCUUUGGCUUUUUCUCUCCCUCUGGGAUUUUUAUCCCUCCUUUGUGAGCCAUGAGUUUGUUACUGCUGCACAGAGACCUUUUUCUCUGUUUCUUUGGUUAACAUAUUCUUGAUUCGAAUGCAUGUAUAGUUUGCAGUUGUCAUAUUGGAUUGGGAGCGUACACACGUGUUCUGGGUUUGCCCAUCCGUAUGUGCUUACAAAGAAAAUGAUAAGGAGGACAUGAAUGUGGGGCUCCUACCUCAUCUUUCAAAAGAAUAUACAUGUGCACGACCAGCCAGAUGACAACAACAACUGCUGCUUGGCAGCCUCUGGGAGCUCUCCAGGGACACAGGACAGUCUGUUAUAAUCAGAGUGAACACAGCUUUACUGCUACCACCUCUCACAAUCAUGAAUAUGUUACAAGUGAAUGUCUUUGCUUUUUUAGUUAGAAAUGUUUCCAAAAUCCAAAUUUGACAGCUGAUGAUUGGGGUGAGACAAUCAGCACAAGUUUCCAAUUCCUGAUCAGCUGAAAAAAGCUCAGAUCUGAAGACUGAAAUCCUUGUGUUUGUGAACGUAUCAGCACUAAAAAAAAACCCUCUGGUGUCUUCAGACUGAGUGAGAAGCUGUUUGUCGAGACAUUUUUCUUCAAAGAGCAAGAAUUUAAAACUAAAACCUGUUUGCAUGUGUCGUCUUGAAAUCAUGCAAAAAGUGCAUAAUUGCAGCUCAUUAUUAUACUGCUGUAAACCACAUGUCAGCUGACAUGUGACAUGCUGCACAGAAAUUAACCCUCAGCAGAGAAAGACGGGAGUAUAGAUGCUCCACCAUUGAAACAGAACAACAAUAGUAGCUGUUUUCUACCUGAGAUACACCGGUGCCAGUCCUAGCUAACAGGUCAUCAACAUGAGUACUGGUCAGCCCUUCAUAGCCUGGAGCAGCAAUUAAGUGAAUCCAGACCUUGUCCAGUUUUGGAAACACAGUGUGCACUCAGGGUGACAUUAUGAACUGCAGAGCUCAGUUUCAAACUUCUCUGGAAAGGCAAAUCUUUUUUGGUUGUGUUUAACCAACACAAAUAAUUACACGACACCACUGUUAACCUUGCGCUGGUACAGGGCAGUGAAAUAAUAUCUUUCUUUGUGUUUGAACACAUCCAUCCUCUCCCCCUCUUCCUUCUCUCAGUCUAACUCUCUCCCUCUGUUUUCAGGGCGUCCCACAGCUCCCCUGUGCCAAAGCGCUCUACAACUACGAUGGCAAAGAACCAGGUGACCUCAAGUUCAGCAAGGGUGACAUUAUCAUCCUGCGCCGGCAAGUGGAUGAGAACUGGUACCACGGGGAGAUGGGGGGAGUCCACGGCUUCUUCCCCACCAACUUUGUCCAGGUCAUCAAGCCGCUGCCGCAGCCGCCGCCUCAGUGCAAAGCUCUGUACGACUUUGAGCUGAAAGACAAGGAGGCAGACAAGGACUGUCUGCCUUUCUCCAAGGUGAGACGCUGCAGCACUCGCUGCUCUGCCACGUGGUCUCUGUAGUAAAACAAAAAUACCUCUUAUUACUCUGACACUCUGUCUUCUAGGCAGUCAUUUUCUCGAGUUAUGUCAGGACUGUUAACGAAAACACACAGAGAAAUGCUUUAUAUUCCAGCCAGACAUCUUGAUGAACGGCUGUAAUUAAGCAGCAGAGAUUGAAUGCCAUACAGAGUCAGGCUUGGCUUAACUACAGUAAUCAAGCGGUUAUAUCUGUCCAGCUGUUUGGGUUAUACUUAGAGGUUUUUGUAUUCUUUCAUCAGCUGUUUACCCGCCUCGUGAGCAAAACAGAAACACGCUUACACAGUAGUUUUCCAUACAGUUAAAUGCCCUCGACCCCUGUGUUUUUACUCGUGAGGAUGUCCCUUUAAUAGAACAUGGUCCCUGCCUCAUUAUUUCUGUUCAAGGUUUCUUCCUGGAGGAUGUGAAUCUAGCAUCCUAAAUUAGGCUCCUCCUCAUACAGCAGCCCUCAUUUUUUUUUUCUGUCUUCAACUCACAGGAUGAUAUCCUGACUGUGAUCCGCAGAGUGGAUGAAAACUGGGCAGAGGGAAUGCUGGGAGACAAAAUUGGAAUUUUUCCCAUCUCGUAUGUGGAGGUAAGGAAACUAAAUGUCAAGAUGUCACCAGUCAUCAGUGGUUUUCAUGCCACAUAAAAACAGCAAAGUGCAAGGAUCCUUUGAACUACCUUCCUUCUACACCUUGCGAGCUGUGUACCAGACUUCUUCUCUGCCUUUUGAAAUCUUUCACAGAGCCACUGAAGGUGUCUUUGAAGAUUUGACUGCCACAGUCUCUCGCUCCCUGAGCUCCACAGGUCUCACUUAAAAGCUUUAGGAAUAAUCCUGACAUAAGUACGAAGUAAAUCUUUGUCCUUUAGAAAUGAUUUCAUUUUUUCAUAUGAAUGCUGUCAGUGGCGGUGUGCCGUCUUUUGUUGUGAAUUUUAUCAAAACCUUUUAAGCGCAAAGAAAGAAUGUGAGAAUCGCGCCCGAGUCCAAAAAAGAAGCUGCAUUGACGUGUUUUGUUGUCAUUCUUUCUCAGAGACUGUGACAGUUUUCUUUAUUCCUUUCAUUCGUUUGCAGUCCCUUUAAUAUUCAUUUAUUUAUACUGCGCAGAGAGGGAGGCAGAAACAGAAAGCAGGCUGUCUGAAGCUAUACGUUUUUUGGUUUUUGCACUGCAGGAGCCACAGAAGCAGAAUAGAACAGAAUAUUUUGAUGUCCUCUGAAAAGAUGUUAUGGUUUAAUAUUUCAGCUGCAAAUGCAGAACCACCGCAAACAUAUAGAGCAGCCAAAAUGUUCCUUAAGUUGUGCACAAUCACUGAAUAUCCAGGCCAUUGUUUAUUAUUGCCUCAGGAGUUUUUGUUGCUUUUUCACUGGUUUAUAUUCCAGCUGCUCCCCUCGAAUUCCACAAUAAAAAUCAUCAGUCGGAUCACCCAGAGUUGACUUUGUAUUUGCCAAUUUUAUCUCUGCACUGUUUUUUUUUUAGCAUUAUUCGACACACAGCAUUGCAGGGGCGUGAGUGUGUCAGGCUGUAAACGCUGAAGCGGCGUCUCAAAAUGGCCCUUUAGUGUUCAUCAUUCGAAAGGUUUUACCAGGAGCUAAAAAUCCCACAAAGGUCUCCCCGUCUGCAAACAGAACAACCUGGUGAUAAAAGUAGCAGAAACACUGAAUAAAGCAGUUUUAUGUUUGGGAUCAGGGUUUGUCUGACAGCCUUUGGCAGCAGAAGGGCAUCAAGGGGGGCUCUGAGCUGAGCCGCUUGAAACAGACUCGCUUUGUUGUAUAUUGUUUUCACUAGGACCCAAAUGAUCUUUUUACAUCUUCUCUUUCUCUCUCAAAAACUCUUACCCUGCAGUUUUAACUAAGAAAAACAAUAAAUACCCUAGUUUCUAGUAGGGGUGGGCGAAAAAAUCGAUACGGCAUAGUAUCACAAUAUUUUGUCUGGUGAUGUAUCGCAUCGUCUCAUUUACCAAGUAUCAAUUUUUCAAAUUAAUUGCUAAUAUGAAGUCAAAUCUAUAUAUUGUAAUAUUGCAAUAUAUUGUAUCGCAAUACUCACUAUAUUGCAAAGUGUUAAAAAUCUCAAUAAUAUUGUAUGGUAGCCCAAGUAUCGUGAUAAUCUUGUAUUGUGGGGCCACUAGUGAUUCCCACCCCUCGUUUCUAUGGGUGUCCCAAAACAACUUUUUUACUUCUGAUAUGAUACUGAUACUGUAGCCUUCAGUAUUGGCUGAUACCGAUAUUGAUCCGAUAUUAGCACAAACUUGUGCAUGGCAAGUUUUGCACUCAGCUGCAACGUCUUUUUUAGACUUCAACAGUAAAUACUCCCGCACGACUGACAUCACGCCUACUCCUUACUACUUUGUUAGUACCUUAGUACACACUGUUGUUGUGAUCAUGUGGGUUCUGCAUGCAGGAUCUGGCCGCUGCUAGCUAGAGAUGAUGGAGCGGAAUCUGGAAUGGACUGCUUGUAUCGGAGCACUAAUAUCGGAGAUUUUAGAUGCAGGCCGAUAUAAUCCAAUGUUCGUUUUUUUGCUGACAUCGGAUAGAUUUUGGAUAUCAAUAUUGGAUCAGGACAUCCCUACUUGUUUCACACUAAAAUUCAAUGCCCUUUCUUCGCGCUCCUCUGAGCUGUAAGCUAUAGGAGUCUAAUCUUUACUUGGUCAAUAGAUUUAGUCUUUUGUGAAGAAGACAGUUAGGUGACUGUAAAAAAGAAGAAAGUUUGAAAUGUUUUCAUGUGUUGCUGAAAGCCGUCUUUUAUAGAAAACUUCAUAAUGUGUCAUACAGCAAACGAGGACUCAUAGAGACUGAGUGGGAAGUUUGGUGCCAUGCUGAACUGAGAAAUAAUCAAUGAAAAGCUGUCAAAUUUAAACACCAUACCAAGAAAAAUCCAGAGAUACAAGACGGAUGUGUUGGAGAAAGUGUGGCUCUGUGGAGGCGAAUCAUUUUCAUUUAUUCUGGGACUGCACCAAACAGAGGGAAUAUUGAAAUCCCUUCUAUAAAACAUUAAACAAAGCAUUGAAGAUGCAAGUACCCAUGACUUUUGAGGGUCUCUAUCUGGAUCAUGUCCUAUUUCUGGAAAAAAAGAUACAAAGCUGCUGCUGCUGCUGCUGCUUCUGUCACUUUUGGCAGCCAGUAGUCAGUUACAAGAGAGUCGAUUAAUGCAGCAGCAACUACAGUUGAUGAUGACAGCUGUAGAAAAUUAAGGAAAUGCUGACCUUCUUUUUUUGAGGAUCCAAAAAGACGAAUUCUAUCAAAGCAAGUGAUCCAAUUUAUAACCCCAAUUUGUACAGAUGAUGUUCAGCUCCGCCAAAAAUGCAUGCUCCAGCCCUACUCCCUUUUGGAGGAUCAUACAUCAACAUAAACGUAAGCUCUCCUGGUUAUCAUGUAAAUAGUUUUAUGCCUAACCAUUUCUCUAAGGAGCGUGUGCUGAAUGUAGUAUACAUAAAUGCAUUAAGGACAGGAUUAUAGAACCAUGAGGAUUUACACAGAGUAAGAAGAAGAAGAAGAAGAAGCACUUUAUUGAUCCCCGAGGGGAAAUUCAGGACAUGAGGCCAUAUUAUUUUCAUUAUAAAUAAGCAUAAAAUAGACUGCAACAGAAAAAGUAAAAGUAUCAAAGUGCUGUUUAUUUUAUAAUAUGUCUUUUUACCAAACUAAAAAUAAAUUUAGGGCAAAAACAGCCAAAUUUCAAAACCACUGAGUUAAGAGGGUUUGCCUCACUCCCCUCUUAAAAAAUAAGAUCUAUUCAUGCCUAAAAGUGAGUUUUGGAUUUGAUAAGGGUAGGUUUCUUUAUUUUGUGUUAUGUUCCCAGCUCUGUCCAUGUCUUAUGUGCUGACAUGUCAGAGAUAAACCUGCACAGGUACUCUGCUGGAUUGGAGUUAAAUGCUUUGCUUUUAUGUCCUAAGUAGAGGGAGCUGCUCGGGGCAACAUGUGACAGUGAGUGAGAGCGCCCUGUGAUUAACUGAAACCUUUUCAGUGCUCCUCCUUUGAUUUUUACCUCGCAGUAGCACAUGAAAGCGUCUGAAAGGGUCACAAAGCCUGCACUCUAGGGCCUGAUGUAGAACCAUCAGCUCCCCCUGACUAUUUUCUCUAAUUUAAGGAUCUCAUAGAUCACAGUCUGCCCUCCAUUUUCACAGAGCAGAUUGAGAUUGAGAUCCUCAGUGUCAGUCGUUCCUGUGAUAAAGAGUGACAGUUGUCAUGAUUGUUUUCAGUCUCUCGGCUCCAUCACCUUUGCCUCGCUGUUAUUUUCACCUUACAACUCUCUCCUCACCACCCCCCUCGCCUCUCUUCCUCUCUCACAGUUCAACUCAGCAGCUCGUCAGCUUAUAGAGUUGGACAAGCCGUCAGACACCAACGGGGACUCUGGUGAGGGGGCCUCCUCGGGGCCCCAGAGCAACGGCGCUCAGCGGGCAGGGGAGAAGAAGAACAGCAAGAAGCGACAUUCCUUCACCUCUCUCACCAUGUCACACAAACCCAUGCUCGCCCCUCCUCCCCAGCGGCACUCCAUGGAAAUCAGCGGGCCGGUCCUUAUCAGCUCCAGUAACCCCACAGCAGCAGCCCGGAUAGGGGAGAUAAGCGGGGGGCUGUCUUGCAGUGCACCUUCACAGGUAAGAUGCUCCACAGGAAGGGAGAGGGAGGGAUGCUGUUUCACUGCAGGUCCAGCAUUUGAAGUCGUGCAUAAACAGACCACUUACUCUGUCAGGGUCCACUAUUUGAAUAGGGCUUGGUUCAGCUGUAUGUUACCUCUGUCCUUGUGUGCUUUCUGCUUCUUUGUUUACAGUUUACAGCUGUACAUUCACUGUUUCUGUCGAAGUCGAAGCAUUCAUUCAUGCAGUCUUCUUUUUUUUUUUUUUUAGUAAAUUCUGGCAUUUCAACCUGGUUAUCUGUUGUACGCUUUGAAGUCUUGAAUGAUUUAAAGUAAAAAAUAAAAAAAACAUUGAAAAUUCUUGCUUUUGAGACGAACAGUCUCAGAUUGUAAAUUCUGUAAAACACAGUGUAGUGAGACAUCUUGCAUCCUUACUAUCUCUGCUGAGUGUCACAUUCAAAUUAGCUACAUAUAAACAACAGGUGAACACAUGCCAUCUUAGCAGUGACCAAUGAAACCCCGUCAAGGCGUAACAUUUUUAGGUUCAGAAGCCCAUAAGUCAACAAUGGAAACAAAAGACGUCCCUGCAAACAGCAACAUGCUUAUUUGAACAUGGGGGUUUGUGCUUAAUGUGUCUGAGGAGAAGGCACAGUGACUUCAGCACAACAGUCCAGUCUGAGCCUAAGUUUUCUAUUUUCAGUCCUUCAUCGUAACAUCUUGACUUCAGAGCACUUAAUCAAUUCCUCUCCUACCAAAACACCGUGGGGCAAACUUUAACCAGACUACUCGUUAAAAUUCAGUCAUCCAAACUAAACUAUUAUGCGUGACUUUAGAUUUUUGAGUGAAACAUCCCCAUAAACAUUCUGUCCUGUUUAUGUUUAGCUUUGUAACUUAGCAAAGCUUGUUCGUAGAGUUUCCCUAUCCUAAAUAGAGAAAAACGUACAAUGAAUAUCAACCCAGCAAUUUGCAUUAAAAAAAUCUACCUCAAACAGACACUAAAAUUUUAAAUGAAGACAUAACCAAUAUAGUUGCUGUUAACCUGUGAAUCGGCCACUUCUGUGAUCUAUGUGGUCAAACUUUGAAAAAAGCAAUAAAAAGACUUUUUCUGGUUUGAGAAGAAGAAUCUACGCUCUGAAAAGGAUCCUGUCUGCUACGUUCUUGACUUUUAGAUGAAAAAUCUGAGGUUAUAAGUGUCAACAAAGCACUUUAAAUGGGCUUGACAGCAGCUCUCUGAAGUAUUUUACUAAAGUAUGUCCACCAAAGAGUUAUUUUUUGGUCACUCAUUUUGGCCAAGAAUGAAAUAGAGCUGAAGUUUGGGAAUGCCAGAAUCCCUUCAAAUCAGUGAACCGGAUGAGUGGCUUCCCUUAGCCAGCUAAUUUGUCUCUAUCCUGUUCAGUGGUUUUUAAUUGUGACCGUGUUUACAAAACAAAAGACACAAUACACAUUCCAGCUCCUUUCUUUUGUUCCUGCUAUAAGUUUGUUGCUUCUUAGAGGCUCCACUCUCCUUCUGUCUGCAAUUAGGCCCACUUCCCUCUUCCCCACCAUACCAAACAGGCCAUUGCUCCAUCCAAGCGUUUGAAAUUAUGGAUGCGUGACUUCACUCGUCCGCAAAAACGACUCCAGCUUAGCCCUCAAGGUUUCCACACCAGUCCCUACAGGAACUCACAGCUGCUUAAUGGUUGGUAGCUGCUGGAGAUCAGAGCUGGACAGUCAGAAGAGCCGAUUUACAAGCAUCCUGCUGAUUUAUCUUAAUCUGAGAUGCUGUGGCUUUGAUUCAAGAGUGCAAGAAAUGAUCAAGUUACCUGUUAUAGGCCUGUUAAAAACCAUGAAUUCAUUUUGCAGCCAUACUAGAAAUCAUGUCCGCACAGUAGCUGUUUAUUAAAUAUUAAGGCAAAAGACUUGCAGCAGUAGCCUCAGAUAGCUUUCACAAGUGUUGUCCCACUUUGGUGCUCUGGGAGUUUGCAGUUGGUAGCAUACCUCUACAUUUCUUACAUUUACUUCUUUUUUGUUUGUUUUUUUCUGUGUCUGGAUACUGCACACUCACUGAAACACCAUACUUCAAAAGUCCCUGUUGGGCUCAAUCAUUAAUCUUUCGCCUGCAGAGCGUUUAUGCGCUUUGUUGUAAAGAGAGAAAAGGAAGAUGUUCGUCUGCAGUAGGAGUGAAACUUAAAUCGCUUCUUUUUUCAAACAGAAUCAUGGAUUGGAAAUAAUAUAUGCACAAUCAAAAGUUUUCACCAUGCAGAAGAUAUAAUGGUGUUUUUUCUAUGAGUCCACAUAAACCCAAAAUCCUUGUCAGAAGGCUUUAAGAAUUAAAGAAACUUAUAUUUUAACUUGUAAAAUCCUCCCAAGUGACAACAGAGCCGAUGGAUUAACAGAUCUCUGCUGUCUUAACUCAACCACAAUAAAAACUACUCAGGUGCUUCAUGCACAGGCUCUUACCUUCCCCCUCCUUUCUCUUGCCCCCGUCACCACGUACUCAUCUGCUCUUCCUUUCAAAACUCAGACAAAAAACAACAAAGGUAAUACCCAGCUGCCUCUGGGGCUUUAGAGGUCUGUCUCACACAUGAAAACAACUUCCAUCUAUUCAAGCACCAGACAGGACACAAGGGUGAGUGAUAUGCUGAAAAAUGUCAUUGCAGCGACUUUUAAAUCUUUGCAAAGAAACUUCAGCAAAAAAUACUGAGGAGCACCAACCAAAAUAUAAAGAGCACCACAACUUCAAGAUAGUGUAAACACAGUACUCUACCAUCCCACAGGCUUAACAGUGAAGGUAGUGCAUUAUGCUACAUUGCAAAGAAGGACUUUCACAAAUACCUAUCUUUACUUGUUGCGAAGUUUUUUUCAAAUAGUCGCUGACUCUUUUUUUGUAAUAAAGAUGCAAAAAGUAUGGUUACAGUGCACAGUAAAAAUUGUAUCCUGAGAUGCAAAGAUCUCAAGCUUUCCACAGCAAGAUGUGAUCAGAUAAAAUUCACAUUUUAUCUACAUUAAAAAGUGGCUUUUUGUAACAAAAAACACCUUUAGCCACAUGUCAGAGCCAUGGUCAACCCCCUUUCCUGUAGUUCUUACUUUGAGAUGACUUGACAUUUGGUUGAUUUGUUGGUGAAACUCCUGUAUCAGAGCCUUCCAAAGUCUUUGAGCCUCUCCUGAAAACUGAGUUCUGUGAGUUGCCAUCAACAAUAGAUGUUCCCUCUGAAUUCUCCUCUUUUUCUCUGCUCAGCUAUUCUGAUUUUGUUCAAGUCAGGUCUCUGUCACAUAUUAAAUAUCAACAAUGAAGGUAAGAAUUGAAGGCUAAUAUUAACCGACCUAAAAUCAGCACCGACAGUUAAAAAUGUCAAGCUCAUGUUUGAUUAUUUAUAUAAACAUUGGGUUGAAAUGUGAUUAAUAAUGUCUGUGUUGAUUUUGGCAGCUAUUUCAGAUUCAGUCUUAGUCUUAAGACAAACAUGCUUGAGUCACAUUUUGUCCUUUAUAGUUUUAGUCAGUGAAAAGUCAAAACAUUUUAGUCAUCACUUAAAGCCAAAGCAUUUUCUGUCUUCAAAGUAAUUCAACUAGUCAAUCAGGACUUGGUAUCAAGGUUGUACCUAAUGUUUAAAUUUGCAAUGCUCCACUCUCCUCUCACUUUUUUAUUUAGUUGGAUGAUUUUGUUGCAAAAUCAUCUGCUACACUGUUCUCUCCAGUCUACUAAGGUAAUAUAGAGAAAUGACCCUUACUCCACAUCAAAAGAUCUAGAUCUCCACAUCUAUUCUUCUUCUGUUUGUGGGGUGUGGGAGUCUGGGCUCAGGCCCUUAUGUACUUAAGCCCAAGAAACGGCCAUGGACAGGCACCCUGCACAGACUCUCAUUCACUAGGUCCUUAGCUGUAUCUUCAUCCUCUGUGGGUUAUUGCUAGGCCUGAACGAUAUAUCGUUUGACUAUCGUCAUCGCGAUGUACGUGUGUGCGAUAGUCACAUCGCAGAGCCUGCGAUAUUGGAGGUGAAUGAACUCAUUUAAUUUCAAGGGUAACCGACUGAGAUACACUCCAUGUGACUCUGCAUGUGCUGUGCAGCGAUCCACCAAUCGCCUUCGUCCUUAACUCAGUUGCCAAUCAGACUCACUUCUCAGUUGCCAAUCAGACUACCCUGCCAGCUGUCAAUCAAAAUCAGGGAGGAGAAAACCCACCCCUGCACAUGUUCUGCACAUGGAGGGAGACGUGUGUCCGCUGAGAAUUACUUUCGGAACUUUACUCAUGACUAUUAAGCCCAACAAAUAAGAACUGUAUGGGUUUUAAAUUGUACAUUUCCGUGGACCACUCUACUAUAAGCAGUGCGCGUUUUGCGAGGUGCAUGCAAUUCUCGGAGGACAUGCGUUUCUCAGCACAACACCGCUAACAACAACAACAACGAUCGCAAAAUGAACAACGAACAAGCGAAAACCACCGAAAAUGAAGAUUUGUUGCCAAAAAGAAAAGGAAAGUCAGUUAUCUGGAAUUAUUUCGGUUAAAAGAAGGAUGAUGUCGACCAAAACACGUCUUCUGUGUUCAUCUGUUGCCACAAUAACGUCCCAGCACAAUAAAAGCUAAAAAUAUCUCUGAGACAGACAGAAGCCAUUCUACUAACAUUCACAAAAAGAGGUAAGAUCAGAGCAGAUUAACUGUCCUCAAGAUUUCAGCAGUGCAGCAUAACAUUAAGUGCUAUUCAGGUCAUCUGGUGAAAAUACUGUAUUUUUAAUAUCGCAAUAUAUAUCGCAGGGUUGAAAAAAUCGCAAUAUUAUUUUUUUCCAAUAUCGUGCAGCCUUAGUUAUUGCUGAACAAAGCUGCAAAAUGUCUUACUAAAUAUGACCCCUAACAUUUCCUCAAACAAAGAUAGAUCAAAGUUUUGUCAAGGAGCUGUUAACGGCACAACCAGCCAACCAAAAACAGCAAAUAUCAUAUUAAACUGUCGUCUCCCUGGUCGCUGGUUGUGUUGGGCUUUUGUCACUGACAUGGAGAGUUUUUUUUAAUAAGUGAUUUGUUUUUUUUCUUGUUAUUGUCUCAUCUUCAUAAUGAAAAAAGGCGGUUAACAAACGUUGAUCAUAAUUUACCUUAAUGACAUAAACACUGCCAAGAGACACACAUUGCUCUUCACUGACAACGUGGCGCAUCCAAGAAGGCAUUACCAAUCAACCACCGGUCACUGUACUGGUUUUAAAGGGAAAUGAAGGAAAAGGGUUAGACCACAACAAUAUGCACAUUGUAAUAAUGCUCUCAGGCAUACUUGGUGUUGCACAGAUUAAAUCUCAGGAGCAAAUUCAAUUGAAAUGGUUGCAGUUUCAAGCUAUCCUCACAGUAAUAAAGACCUGAAGAAAAAAUACUUGUAGGUAAUAGCAAGGGAACAAUAAAGAAUUAAGAAUUUGUCUUCUACUCAUUUUCAGGCUUUUUUAUUCUUGUUAAUGAGGAAUAAUCAGUAAGCCAGUAAUAACUCUGAAUAAGAUAGAAGUCUGAAAAAGUUCCAAAUAGUUUUAGUUUGAAAGUGUGCUCCACUGCUCUUCAGUCCACUGUAUGUCAAGGCUGUGAGCUGCUGUGAAUGGCUUUAGAUAGUUUUUUUUCCCCUUUGGGAUCCUUGCAGUCUUUGUAGUUUUUCUCCUUCUUUUUAAAGAUGAAAUAGAAAAGCAGUGAAAAUACACCCAGUCCAAGUUCAGGAUCAGAGUAAGUUUGUUUGUCUGUGGCUUCAAGGACUGCUGAAACUACUAGAGGAGACAAUUUCUCUCAGCUCUCAAACUUUGCAUGACUUCAAAUCUUUAUCCAGUCAAAAAAAAAAAAAGAAAUAGACAUAAAUGAUAAAGUUUGGAAAAGUAACAUUAAAAUGUCUUUUACAACGUAAUAGUUGUUAGUUGGAGAAGAUUUUAUGCCUGCUGUGUAUAUGUUGUCGAUUUAUAUGUUGUUGAUUUAGGUCUGUUGACUGUUUUGGCAUUACAAAGAAUUUGUGGAAGACAGAAAAGACCAUUUUUCCUGAAUUAUCAAAUAAAUAUAUGUAAGUAAGCAAAACUGUCCGCUCUGCUCUUAGUUUCAAGCAGUCGUUUGUAAUGUAGUGUCACAUUUGAGCAUACUUUGACAUUAUGUCUUUCCCUGGCACACCCAGCGAACAACAGAUAAGGAGAGAGUGUAGAUUAAAUCUGAGGCUGGCAUGCCCUGUGGAAGGUUCACCUUUAGAGGUGGCUCAGUCUGGGGCAGUCAUGCAUGCACAGAGAGUACAGGCUACAGGGAGAUAUUGUGUGUCCAACAGUAUGGCCUUGUUACUGGGACACCACCAUGACUCACGUGGAUCACUGCUGGGGGAAGCCGCCUCUCUUCACAUGUCCAAUAAAACGUCCCGUUGUGUGGUCAGCUGGUUUUCUUUAUCCACUCAGAUCAUCAGACCUCCGCUGUGGUUAUUGCUAAGUCACCAGGAUACAGUCCCACAUGUGUUCACUGCUGUUUCGGAUGAUUCAUUUACAUACAAUGUGACAAGAGAGUAUUUUUAGCACCACGUUUAUUCCCUGUGAGUGGGCAGAGCGUGCCCUUUACACUGGAUUCAUUAUGUUAUAUUUAACAGUCCCUAUUUGUCCCCGUUUGUUGACAGGUCCACAUUUGCACAACUGGACUAAUUGUGACCCCACCGCCAAGCAGUCCUGUCACUACAGCAACGGUCUUCACAUUUCCUUCAGAGACGAGCUACACAUCUAUCCCUGUGGUGGGUGGACUCCUUUGCAGCUCUUAUAAAUCUCUGACAGGCAGCAAGCCAAAGAAACAAAGAGAAAGUUGAUCAUUGGUGGAGUAAUUGAUUCAAAGUGAGCGUGGCAAACAAUGAAAACAGCAGAGAGAAAGAAAGUACGUCGUUCAAACGGUGUCUACAUAGCUCACCCAUUUGUGUGUGCAUGUGUCAUUAUGAGCUAUUCUUUGAAAAAAAUCAAUACUUUGUUCCUUUUAGACACUGUAUUCUUUAAAUUGAUAGAAUCUGUGCUACUUUUGGACUCAGCAGUCCAAUAAAACUCCAGAGCUCUGGAGAAAGAAAUGAUGUACAAUCAUAUUCGGAGGCCAACGCAAAAAGAGAGAGAGCAGCUGUGAUUAAUAGAGAUGAAAUGGUGAGUGCAAGCUCCACUCUUACAAAAAAAAAAGCAGUUAGCAGAGGGAUGAGAUGUAAUUUUCUGAUUGUUUCAUAGUGGUAUAAACCCAGUGGCCUCUGCUUUAGAAAGUUCCUGGAUUGUGUAGCGAACUGCACUUCACUAUUAACAUCCACAGGCAGCGAAUAUGGAAAACUAACUCUGAUGUCUGUUAAUGACCCACAAGGGAUAACACAUAACUUAUUUUGAAUGCUCUUUAGUACCUCAGAUGCUUCCAACCCCUUAAAGGGAUAUUCCGGCAUAAAUAAAAGUUAGGCUCAAAAACACUGUAACACCAAGUAAGACACCCCCUCGAGAGAUGAAUGUUGCCGACUGCUUGCUUCUCUAGUUAUACCAACUUAAGUAAUGACCGCACGAUAGCAAUACUUAGCAGUCUAUGUCUCCAUGCACAAACCUCAGCCUAAAAGCCACUCUAUAGCCACAAAUAAUGCUCAGAACAGCACUUAACUUCAUCAGAAGUACAUAUAGGGUCCCAGCCAUAGUACUAGCCAUCAAACAUCUUUUUUGCUUAGCCUGUUUUUUUUUAGCAAAGAGACUAAACACAACUUACCUACUCUCCUCCAGCAGCCGCUUGUUUGUGGGGGAGCCCUGACGAGUCAAUCACCGAGUGCAACGGAGUUUGCAGCUUAAGGAAGACCAUUUAUGAUUAUUACUUCAUGGAAAUACAAUCAGACCAAGACACUAAGACAGAGGAACUACUGCGUCUGCAGUGCAAAAUGAUUAUCAUGAUUAUUAUCACUUUGUGAAAUGAUCCGAUGCACUCAGUGAUCGACUUGUCAGGGCUCCCCCACAAACAAGCAGCUGCUGGAGGAGAGUGGGUGAGUUGUGUUUAGUCUCUUUGCUAAAGAAAUCAAGCAAAGCUAAGAGGAUGUUUGAUGGCUAGUUUUAUGUCUGGGACCCUAUAUUUACCAUAACUAUCCCUUUAAAUCUGUGCAGCUUCUUGGUCAUAUGAGUUGAUUAAUUUAUCCUUGAGAAAGUGUGAUUUAGUUUAUUUUUCAUCAUGCAUAAGUUUUUACAGUAUUAUGCAUAUGACCAGUGUACUGUCACCUCCUGCCGCUAAACACUAAAAAAAUCUAAUCAUUAAUGAAUGUGCCGUCUUGUAUGGAGAAGACCUGGCAUGUAGUUGAAAAACUGCUCAAACUACUACCCCCCCUUUGGUUUUAAUUAGGCAACAUCAUCCAUUGAACUUCAUGAAGCUACCUUAGACAAAGAAGAUCAUUUUGUUUUUGAUCAGACCAUCCGUCUCGUGACUUUUCCCCUCGGAUGCCAACGUGCAAUUUAGUAACUUUAGACUGUGAAACUAUGUGAAUCUGUUGUUCUGUCAUCUAUGAGAAGUGAGACACAGUUUCUCCGUUAUCUCAUUCAACAAACUCCGUUGAGGCAAAAACAUGAAUAAAGCUUUGGAGCAGAAAUUAACUUGUCUGACACACUUCUGCUCCAGGUGAAGAAAAAAAAAUCCAUACAGCUAAAAAUGUCCUGAAAUCCCUUCAGUCCACACAAAUCAGCAGGCAUACUUCCUGUCUGUGGAUGUGUGUGCUCUGGCAUGUGGAGUUUUUGAAUGAGCAGGAAUGUGUACACAAAAGGUUUUGCUCUCCGCUCCACUUGGGAGCCCUACAUGAUGUUUUCGUACAGAUGAUUUCUCUGGCCUGCAGGCAACCUAAUUAUCUCAGCUCAAGCGUCAUCUGUGAACCGAAACGCACAUCGACACUCUCACAUACACACAGGGCUAAACACAUACCACAGGGCAGCCGCUCUCCUCCAACGUUGUGUCAUGGAAGCUAUUACUGCGCUGCUCAGUGCUGCCAAUGUUUGCUUUGGAAAGACUAGUCUCACCCCUGAGUACAGAGCUUGUCUUUAUUAUCCUUCUAACACGUUGUUCACUAAAAUGUGAUCAAGUUCAUGUUUGCUUUAAUGGGCUCUAUUUUGACAAAGCAGGAUUAACAGAUACACCAGUGUAUUACACCUGCAUCCUCAAUUUUUCCUACACACUCAAGUGUCUGUAUGACUACGUUUCCAUUUGUUUUUAGAGUCCUGCAGCACAGUGCUUCAGCUCAUGGAAGAAAAUGAGGCUGUAAAUGCAGCAAAUAGUAAGAUUAUCCAAUCACAUUUUAGCAAAGUGUUCUUUACUUGUUUGCAACAGAGAUGGUGAGUUUAUGUUUGAGAGUAUUUCACUCUUUUAUUAGGCAAAAAACAGCUUUCCACAGUGCCACCAGAUUCCAUGAGUAAAAAGCAGGAAAUUUACCUGACAGAGCACCAGAGUUGCUUGUCCUGUUACCCGUAUUGUUUGAGUCUUUUCCCAAAAGACAAAAGUUGUGUAGAGACUAUAAACCUGACAGUGAGCAAAAUCAAACACGUUGGUUCAGAAAACGGCUCUGGUCUGGAUAACUUUGGGCACUUACAGCAACCAUUAAACAGGGAGGGGUGUUUAUUUGUUUGUUUGUUUGUUUUGUAACUGGUUCAUUUCAAUGUUAUUAAAGUGAUAUUCUGACGUAAGUUUAAGUUGUUUAAGCUGUAAGCCAUUUGUUUUUGGGGGGGCCCUGACGAGUUGAUCACCAAGUGCAGUGGAGUUUUGCAGCUCAAGGAAGAACAUUUAUGAUCAUUACUUCAUGGAAAUGCAAUCAGACUGAGACGCUAAGACAGAAGAACUACUGCGUCUGCAGUGUAAAAUGAUUAUUAUGAUGCUUAUCACUUCAUGGAAAUGAUCCGAUGCACUCGGUGAUCGACUUGUGAGGGCUCCCCCACAAACAAACAGCUGCUGGAAGAGAGUAGGUGAGUUGUGUUUGGUCUCUUUGCUAAAGAAAUUAGGCAAGGCUAAAAAGAUGUUUGAUGGCUAGUGCUAUGGCUUGGACCCUAUAUGUACUGCUGAUGAAGUUAGGUGCUGUUCUGAAGAUUAUUUAUGGCUAUAGAGUGGCGUUUUGGUUGAGGUUUGCGCAUGGAGACAUAGACCGCUGUGUAUUGGUAUUAUUUGGUCAUUACUAAGUUGGUAUAACUAGAGAAGCAAGCAGUCGGCAACAUUCAUCUCUUGAGAGAGUGUCUAACUUAGUGUUGCGGUGUGUUUGACCCUAACUUAAUUUUACAACGGAAUAUCCCCUUAAGGUUACAAGUCUGGCAAAUGUGAAGCACUGGAUGACUCAGCUUUACCAAUAUGGUGACUGCCACCAAUAAGCUUCAAAACUCAACCUCACAAACAAAUGGGUUAUGUCACCGAUGCUACGCCCAGUCAUUAUACAGUCUUUGGGUUGCACCAGCUCUUCAUAAGUUCAAACUGAGCCUAGUUUAAAUGCAAUGUUAAAAAACCAACAAGUUUCAGUGUUUAGUUUAAUGUGGACUUGAAUGUCUGACGCUAAACGCUGCUGAUACAGAGCUGCUGCCACAGGUGAUGGGGCUUUUGUAGACAGACUCAAGUGGACACUUAAAGAGCUGCAGUUUUUAACAUUACCAUAGUGGUGUCAUUCCUAAAGACCAGGAGUCCCAACAAACCAAAAGCCAAACAUGUUUUAGACCUGGUUCUCCUGAUACUCGUUUUUGUCACUGCAGUUUGGUGACUCUGAAAACAGGGAUGUUGCAUCUGUUUCAUACUUGAACAGAUCUCUUCCGCAAACAAAAUCAUCUGUGUUUGCAGGUAUUUUCUCUCUGUUAUUGUCAGACACUAUAAAUAUCAGUCUGAGCCCGGUGGUAACAAAAUCAGGAGUGGAUGAGCUCUGACUGGGGACAUUUCUCUGCAGCAAUCAAAAAGCAGCCAUAAAGAGUAUGUUUCAUGGAUGCCUACUGAGGCAAUCCUCUGGAGCUUUUCCAAAACUUUGUGUUCCUAUUAAUUAUUCAAAGUUCCAAAAAUGUAAAAUUAGGGCUCAGGUUUAAAAACAUCUAAAUUCCUCUGUAAUUAUAGCCAUGUAAUCCAGUAGCACACUGUUGUAAGAAAAUGUCAGGGCUCUUUUAACAGCAGGCUGUGAUCUUCAGCCCUCAGUCAAAGACCCAAGUUUCUUUUGACAUUACAGACGAGGAAAAAAGGGAAAACAUGUGAGUCAUGCCCAACUCGCUCACGCUUGGUUUGAGAGUUGCUCUGAAGUGUGUCUGCAGACAUGUUUUUCGUUUCAUAUGGUCCCAAUUAAAUGCUGCAAUGGGUUUAACUGUAGCUAUGUGGUCUCCUAGCAACAAACAAACAAGCAGAAAAGGAAAUUCUCAGUUGCAGGGGGAAGUCAGGGACAAGACUCCAAUAUCUGCCAAACCAGACUCUCCCUUUAGUAUCUGCAAAACCAGAGGGAAUAUCCCAGAUGACAGAUGAUCUCUCAUUCUCUUCCUUUCUUUUGUGACUCAUAAACAAACUGGUUUCUCUACUUGCGUAACACUCACUCUCUUUUUUUUCCUGGAGCUUGGGUUUCUUCUUUUUGUCUUUCUGCUUCUGACUGAGAGGAACCAAAUGAUGAAUCGUUGUGAAAUUGUAAUUAAACCCUUUCUGACUUCUAACAUGAUCUUCUGUUCGUCUUUUACAGGAUGCUCUCCCACCACCCCCACCGCCUCCCCCGCAGUCCUCCGCUGAUGGAGCAGCAUACUCAUUGGCUGGGGGACAGAGACCUUCCCCCAGCAUAAGCGACCAAAGUGGGAGACAAAGACCCACAGUGUGAGUUAUAAAAACAGUCCCACAGUAAAAUAUGCAGUCUUCUUAAAUGUGCAGUGAAAUGUCAGAGUCAGUUUGUGCACCAAUGGCUCAGGGCUCUGAUGCAAAUGCCGAAUUCAGAGGGGGGAUGGGAGGUGGGUUAGUCCUCGUCUGUCUACCUCGCUCCCCACCCCCUUCAGCUGUCAGUGUGAGGCUGCAGCAUGUGAGCAUGUGCACAGGUGAAGGGGUCAAAACCUGUGGAAGACAGUCUCCUGGGUCCUAUUGGAGAUCCUCUCUCUCACCCCUGACUCCUGACCCCGCUCACCUUUACCCUCAUUACUCGCUUUUAAGACCCCACACACCUGACAAGAAUUAGAUCCACUCAUGCCUGCUCUCCUGCCGUCAUCUGCCUGUGCGUGCAUGUCAGACUCUGAGGCAUUCGUGUUCCCUUCCCCCCCGCCGACAUGACUGAAAUCAGACUGAAAACAUCCCAGCUGAGACUCCUCACUGUGGUAUUGGCUGCCAGUCUGAGCUGCCUGUUCUGUUCUGGCUCUGCUGUAGAGAGAUGACCCGCAAAUUGUUUUGUCCUCCAGUGCUGAUUUUCUCUGGGUCAGGGGCCACAGUCCCUGCUGGAGGGUCUCAGAGGAGAUGAUGACAGAUGUACAGCUAGGCAGUGGGAUAAACCCAGAGCAAAUGGCACGCUGUGACAAAUAGUAAAACUGCUUUUAUUCCACCAUAUGGGGAGGAAAUCCUCAUGAUGGCCCUGUUAGCUCCAUGUUUUUGUCUUUUAAAGUCCAAAGACUGCAGAAAACAUGCAUGUACUCUCAGUCAUAUCUCAGAUUUGUUUCUGAAGAGGUAUAAGGAAGCCCAAUCUGGCCACAACAUUAGAAACACAGACUCAGACUCUAACUUACUUCUUACUUGGGAUGGGCGAAAAAUUAUAGUUCAUGAUAUAUCGUCAGAAAAAUCCUCUGUGAUAAAUAUUUGCCAAUAUUUGUAAUGAAGAAGAUGUUUCUGAGCAGAUUUUGACUAUUCCAAUUGGUGUUCUCAAGACAAAAUUAGUCAAAAAUAUAGGUUGGAAUUGUAAUAUUUUUUAUCUGGACUUUUAUCGUUAUCGCCAAAAUGGCAAAUCUUAUCGUGAUGAGUUUUUUAGUCCAUUUCCCCCAUCCCUACUUCUUACUUGACUCUAACUUCCUUCCAGCUAUUGUAUAAACUAGGGGUAGAGCUAGAGUAGGUAGAGUGAAUUGUGAUGAACAAUAAUGUAGAUUGGAUCCGUGUCCUUUCCUCGAGCUGCUUUGACACCUCAGAGCAGAGCCCCACUCACUGAUCCACACGCUCUGAACUGUGGGUCAGCAAACUGGCAGCUUUAGCUUUUUUCUCACCAUGUUUGAUUUGGCAAGUAACAGUCUGGCUGGGAUUUUCAUUUCUGCGUCUACCUGUUUAGACGGGUGACUCAUUCAUUUUAAAUCUAAAAUGAUUAAAGAUGCAGACUGACUGACUCAUGGUCAAAGAAGCAGCUGUGAAAACAGUUACUCCCGACAAUCACCACAAAUAGUAGCUCUGCCACAGCUCAGUUAAUUUGAUGAUAGAUAGACACAUUUGUUUUUUUGAUGAAAUACCUUUGUCCUGAAACCGCCGUGUCAGGAAAUGGCAUGUUUCCAACAGUGCAACUUAAACCAAUUUAAGCAGUAAAACAGAUUUCUGAAAAUACAGGCGGGCGAGCAGGAGAGAAUUGAAAAUGCACAGGCGUCAUUAUUGCAUUUACAAUCCGAUUUAGAGGGUUAGAGGGGGAUGUUUUUUUUCCAAAUGAUGAUCUAAUAAUGUUACUACAAAAACAAAAUAUACCUUGAAUAUACCCAGAAUUUCAGACCAUAUCACCCACCCCUGGGUUAAGCCUUAACAGAGCAAACAGCCCACUCAUCAGUGAAAUCAGUGACACCCUAUUUAUACCUUAUCAUGCAUAAAUCUCAGUAGAAAGUGACAUUACAAUGUGGUUUUAACUUGAGCGCCUUAACUUCAAGAGCAAGCCUCUAGAGGAAACAUGAGGAACUGCAGUUUUUUUGCACCUCUGUAUUGAUAAGGCAGGGUAAGCCAAGUUUGUAUAAAUAGCACAUUUCAGCUUGUGCUUCAUACAACACAUGAAAAGAAUCAGAUCAGAAGAAAAAAAAUGGAAAGAAAACAUUUAAAAGUCAUUCAAAUGUAACUUUUCAAAUCAAUAUGGAAAAAAAGGUAGUUAAAGUCAAGUAUUAUGUCUGUGUAGGUUCUCAUUCAUUCAGGUCAUGGUUAUCCACUUCUUUGUUGAAAGAGCAGCUGAACUUGUUUGAGGUUCUUGAAGAUGUUUGGCCUUUCUUCCAAAAGGCGUCUUCACUUCUGACCUGAAGACCCUCUCUUCAACAAAAAACUGAUUAAAGUAAUACUAUUUCAAAAUAAAAGCAUAAAGGGUACGGUGCAUUAUUGUAUAAAGACAUGAAAAUAAUUUAAGUAAUUGGAUGAAAGCAGCUGUAAACUGGUCAGUCUUCAACCUGUAUUUAAAAGAACUGAGAGUUUCAGCUGAUAUUUCCUGUCAGGUUGUUUGGGGGUUCAGUCUACUGGCUUCAUUUUUCAUCAGUGGGGUUUGCUGUUUGUUAAAUUCCUGACUUUCUUCUCUUGUUGUUGUUGUUUUUUUAUCUAGCUAUGUGGCCAUGUUCCCCUACACUCCCCGUAAGGAGGACGAGCUGGAACUGAGGAAGGGAGAGAUGUUUCUAGUGCUGGAACGCUGUCAGGACGGCUGGUUCAAGGGCACCUCCAUGCACACGGGCAAGAUCGGAGUCUUUCCUGGGAACUACAUGAGCCCAGUCAGCAGGUCAGCCAUGAGUUCAAGCUGAGUCAUUUAUUAUUGUCAACAUACAGUACACUAAGACAUGCCCGGUGUCUUGUUCAUCUGUAUGAGAUGCAGGGGCAAAGGUUCAUACCAACACCUGUUUAUACUUUUAGAAAUCUGUCUCAUCAGUAUUUAUUAUUCUAGCUCUGUGAAAAAGACCUCUUGCAGGCGAUCAUGAGAGCCUUUUUGAAUGUAGGCAAAAAACUAAUCCUGAACAGUCUGAUUAAUGCCUCUUUUUACUGCUCAAAGCUCCCUUUGUUUGUCACAUUAAGCUUUACAUUUGUUAAUGACAUAAUUAGGUUAUAUUUUAUAAGUCUAAAACACAUGAGCAAGACUUGACCAUUGACGCAGCAAAGGAAAUUCCCUCAUUAUGUAAUAGUCUUCAUGUUGAUGGAAAACAUUAAGCAUCAAAAUUAAAGUUCCAGGUCGUUUUGCAGCUGAAGCCUCUUUUGUUUGAGUCAUCCAAACUCAGAUUGGUGAAUGAGGUUAUUUUGCUCGAUUAUGGAGGGUUUAAAACACUCUGUGGAUCCUUGAAAUGACUGUGGGGAAUUUCUCUUAACAUAAAAUGAUGAACAUUGAAAAAAAAGUAGCCAGAGCAGUUGAGAUAACCUUAAGGGUGUAUGAGCAUUAGUCACUGCAUGUCAUAUGCAAAUGAAACCCUCAAAAUGUCUUUCUUUUUAUUCUGUCCCUAAAAAUCUAAAUGAAUAAUAAUGAAAAUUAGCUUUUUUUAAAGAGCACCUCUCCGAACCAAUUGACUCUUUUCUUUACAAGGGCAACAAAAUAAAACAAGACGGUCACACAAGGAGAGAUUAAGAAAUGUCCAAAAGAAAAACUUAUCAAGUGUCCGUGGUUCAAAGAUUUCUUAGUUUACAAACAUUUUAAUCAUCAUUCUGCUUGUAAAAUGAUCAACUUUGUUUUUGCUGUUUAGAUUAAGCAAGUAAUUGAUGAGACAGACCUUAUGUUUUGGUUGUGUUCCUCAAAAUGAAGUGCUGAUUUUAGCACUGAUUUCUGCUGCAGAAAAAAACUUCAAAUUUUUUUUUUUAAUUUGCAAUUUGAUUUAUUUGAAUUAAGUAAGACAAGACAUGUUUCAUAAAAGAUUUCUGUGUAGAGAUUGGUACUUAUACAUAAUAAUAACAUAACCUCAUUACUUCCAUUUGUUGUACAGUUUAAUUGACCUUUGAUUGAAACUUUGAGCCUUUGUUGUAGGCGCACUUUUGCGCUUUAGGCAUUUAAAAACACUCCCCAAAACUAACACCACAAUAAGCAGAAGUACUGCCGUAGGUGCUGCUGGACGACCUGGUCUUACCUGACUGUUCUCUGUCUCUCAUCAGAACUGCGUCAGGCAGCACGCAGCCCAAAGUGGCCAUGAGUCUGUGCACUCAGGCAGGCAGAGGUGUCACCAUCGUCAGCCCCUCUUCUUCCCCGCUCGGUGCGAUUGUUCCGGGUCCUGAUUUUAACAAACCCCUCGCAGUGUGCUCCAGCACUGUACCCGCCAACUCCCAGCCUGCAGCUGUGGUCACAGCAGCUCAAACAGCCACGGGUCAGCAGCCAAAAGUCCCUCUGCAUGUCAGCUCCCAGAUGACUGUGAACCAGGCCCGCAAUGCAGUCAGAACAGGUAUGCAAGUCAGGGGGAAACAGCUGCUUACCAUGCAUUAUUAUGAAGGAAGCAUUUUUUUCAGUUGUGGUGUUGUUUUUGCAGCUGCUUGUCACAGUCAGGACAGACCUACAGCUGCAGUGACCCCCAUCCAGUCUGCAACACCCGUGGCCUAUCUCCCACACCUCGCCGUGUGCUCACCGGCUUCCUCAGGCCCUGCCCAAGGCUGCACCCGGGCUGGAGUGGCGAUGAGCUGUGCCGCUGCCUCUCUGACCCCUCCCAACGUCAGCGCUGCAUCCCUGGAGGGUGACGGAUUGAGACCCGUACCUGUCCUUGCAGUGCCUGUGAACAGCUCCGCUCUAAAUCCUGCGUCUAACAGCGCAGCUCUCGCCUGCCGACUGGACAAGGACAACAAGGUUAGAAAUGCUUUUAGAUGUUUGGAGCUUCCAGGAGCUCAAAUUAAUCCUAAUUUAUCAACUUCUUCUGCAAUAUUCACUUGUUUUUUGCAGUGGAUGAUUCAUGUUUGGUUGUAAAAUCUUAAAUAAGUUGCCAGAUGGUGUCAGUUGUUGGGAGUUUGAUACUUCUGAUGAUAUAUCUGAAGAAGCUAAUCACACUACAGAGAUUCACAAACAGUAAUCAACAGGAGACUUACUAUUACGCACAGUUUGUUUCUGUCAUAUAUCUAAACAGACUGCUGACAUGUUGUUCUUUAAACUUUUAACCACAGUUUGAAGUCAGUCUGUGCUAAAAAUAGGAUUUCUUCGCCCACAUCGGUGUCUGACAGCGCUUAAGAAGCAGACAGAAUACCUGUCUGCGGUUUGUGGAAAUUAUUUGUGCCUGUAUGCCUCGGGAGUUGUUGCAGUCCUCUGAUAUAAAAAAAAAAUCUUUUGCUGCAGAGGGAAAAGAAAAGUCUGCUGAAGCUGUUGUCCAAUAAGAAGAAGUCUCGUCCCUCACCACCCUCCUCCCCCACCCUGGAGGCGGAGCAGGCUGCAGUUGGAGAGGUGCUCCAAGGUGCAGUGGGCCCUGAAACCUCCCCUCCCUCUGAGCCUGAACCUGCUGCUGCUGCUGCUGCUGUCGCCUCUGCAGCUUCAUCAUCCUCCUCCUCAGCCCCUGAGCCCUCCUCCCAUAGGAAGAGCAGCCCCCUUGAUGGAUGUGCACCCAUCGCCCCGCCCCCUCGUCAGCCCUGCUCGUCUCUCUUAUCUCAGCAACAUGACGCACGACCCAUCAUAUGUGAGAGGUACAGAGGUGUAAAUAUACUUUCAAAUAACUCUGAACUGAUUUUUUUUUCCUUCUUAAAGGGAUGUACAGACCAAACUGAUGUUUUUUUGUGCAUCAACACAACUUUACAUCAGCCAGCUGCUUCCAUGAGAUUUAUUUUUCAACUCGGGGAGAAAUUUACAUCCAAAAAGUCUUUCAAGUCCCAAAGUCACAGAGAAAACAUCGCGUUUUACUGCAUUAUUGUGCUAUCUUGUCUGCUUUCGUUUUCUGCAGUCAGAAAGAUUGCAUAUGAUUUCUACCUUUGCAUUAAAUCUUUGUCAUAGCAGAGCAGAGCCCUGUACCUAUGCAGAGUCCUUUUAUACAAAGCCUGAUGUGCAACUCUUUGAAAGUGUAACUACAGGUCAGAGCACUGCAGACCACAGGCCCUGUGAUUGUUCUGCUCUGCACUUUUUCAUUUUCUGUCUUUAUAACAUUUAAGGUAUCACCUCUGCCACCCUGCCCACAGUGAUCUGGCAGCUGUGCAGUCCAUCUCUUCUAACCUCUUCUCUCUUUUCGUCUUUGCAAUAACUGCAGUUUGUUCAACUGCUGCUUAAUAUCUAUCAGCUCCAACUCCAACACAGUAUUCUCAGAUUUGGUUGCACAUACAAACAAACUAUGCUUAUUAAGUAGCCAGGUACUCUGCUGCUCUUUGUGUGGAUCUCUUGAUUCUUGGUGCUGAGAGUGGACCUCAACUAAAGCAGGAUUGUGAACUGAGAUUUUAAAGGGGCACAGAUCACCAUUUCUAGUCAUGGGAGUGGAUGCUUAAGGAUAAUGCAACAUUUAAAACACCAAUGACAAUGCAAAGGUACUAAAAGGGUUCUGACUUGACUUUAUGAAAGAAUAGUUACACAUUAAUACACGGAAGCUCUGCAGACAGUGCAGAGAGGAUUUAAAACUGCUCUGCUGAACAAACUACAGAGCGUCGUUUCCAAUAUCAGGUGGAAACGUCUUCAUGUUUCUCUAUCAGAAAACAGAAACACCCACACAUAUUAAUUUGUGAUGAACUCAAUCAGCUGAUGAUAACAAAACAUGAACCAGAUGAUCUCUGUUUUACAAGUCCUCAAACGAAACACCUGUUGGACUCAGUCGCUCUAAGCUAAAGUUAAAAUCAACCAAACAACAAGUCUUCAGAUCAUGUUGCAGAACCAAACUCAAACUUUCCUUUCCUGUCCAAACAAGGAGAAUAGUUUUUUCAGAACUAAUUACAAGCAAAUUACUCAAGUCCACCCUCAGUCAAAAAUGCCCUCUGCUCCUGGUCUGACACAGCAUAACACUUGAUCAAAGGCAUCCAUCUCAGUCCCUGACUGCGUCUCUGUCUGUCCUCCCCAGGUACAGGGUGGUGGUAUCGUAUCCUCCCCAGAGUGAGGCCGAGCUGGAACUCAAGGAGGGCGACAUUGUGUUUGUUCACAGGAAGAGGGAGGACGGCUGGUUCAAAGGAACACUGCAGAGGAACGGCAGGACCGGACUGUUCCCGGGCAGCUUUGUAGACAGCAUUUAACUCACACACGCACACACACACACAAGUACAGUGAACUGCGGUCACUCUCACCAUGACCCUGCUGACUGCUGCUAACCUCUCUACAGUUUGUCAUCGCACAAACUCACCAAACUCAUCAGCUCUCGUUAGGCUGCUGGGACUGAACCAUCAGACUGUGAGAGAGCUGCAGAGAAGAACAGAACACUUCAGCAUUGGAAGCACAGAGGACAGAGUUCGAGGAGAGCACACUACUCAUGAACCUUUUCCUUUUUGUUGGUUAUUUAUAUCUUUGUAACAAUUCAGCUGUUUAAUGUGUGCCUUGUACUGUUCCUCACUUUAUUGUACAUAAGGACACAAAGAUGAUUAGUCCUAAAACAACAAGUAUGAGCUGUCUAUAGAUAUAUUACGCAUUUUAACUUAUUGCAUAGACUGGCCUUGUUAUAGGUGGUGCAACACAUUAUGGGGUUAAGCUGGCACAUGCCUUAUGCCAUUAUCUGUUGUACUUUUCCCCCUCUGACUGCUGAAAACAGUUUGACCAUCAUUUCAGUCUACAAAUAGGACAGCGCCGAGCUUUUUGCAGAAGCCGUCAAUGCAAAUAUUUCACUUAGAGUAUGAUCUGGUAGCACGUCCAGUUUGAGAAGUAUCCUGAUAAAGAUGGAGGCCAGAAAAAAAAGCAACGAAAGAGGUAAAGAACUCCUCUGGUGCAUUAAAAGAGGCUGCAGGCUGAGCUGCAGCUAACACAAACUCAGUCUGUACUCAGCAUGAACUUGACCUGUUUGUAGGUUAAAAUUCCUUUAGUACAUCGUGAGGGGCUGCAAGCUGAGCUGCAGCCAACAUGGACUCUGCCUUUUUGUAGGUUCAAUAUUUGUUGCCGUUCAUUUUUCAAAAUGUUUAAAACCACCGCAGACUUAUAACAGGGUGUUUGUUCUUAUUCUCAGAUAAGUGAAAUCCAUUAAAGAUAAGUCAAACAGUUCUAAGAUGAGCAUCUGUGUUUCUACAACUCUUCUCAAUAUUACAAAGGGGCUGCAAGCCAAGCUGCCACUCACAGGAAAUUGUUUCAUGUUUGAGAUUCCUUUGGUGUUCAUUGUUUAAUAAGUUUUCGACUACAGUCAGAUUUUCAAAUUAAGAGCCUUCAUUUCCCCAAAGUAACAAAGCAGUUUAUUAAAACCUGUGAAUAUUUUAAAACCAAGUAAAGCAGUUUCACAUUAAUAAUUCUAACUGGCGUCAGGAGGGAGUCUGGGCAGAGCUGUUAGAUUGGCUCAGCUUGUGACCAGGAGCUGUUUUUAUAUCAGGAUUGCCUCAGUGUAAAAGAAAAGGAGAGCUGGGGGUAUCUAUAUCAAUUAAAAUUAAGAAAGUUAAAAACAUUAUAAUCCUUCAAAGAGAACACACCCAGGUCCAUCAGAUAGAGCAGAUAAAAACAAAUGAGCGAUGUCAUCCUCUCUUUACUGUAGGAAACCACUUCUGCAGAUCUGAUGGCAAAGGAUUGAUCAGCAGUGUUGAACAUCUGAAGCUCUUUUACUUCACAGCAUGUGAAAAUUGCACACAUAGCAAAAAAAUCCCUCCAUGGCUUCCAGUCUUUUGUUUCUCCUGGCGUGGCGGAGAAAGUGCCAAGAGCUGUUACCGGCAGCGAUUAAAUAUUUGCAUUCAAGUAGCAAAGCCUUCUGCAGGAGAUAAAGUGGGGAUGGAUGUGUUGCAGGACGGUUUGGUGAUGCCUUUUUAAUAUGCAGAAAACACACUCCAAGUUGGACAUCACAGAUGAAUAUUGCUUACUUUGUACUUUCUUUGUAUUCACUGACCCGAGUAGCUCCUCUCCCAAACCCAGACGUAGCUCUGCAUCACAGGAGCAACAAAACAAUUCAGUGUCAAUGCACAACAGAUUCUCUUCUGUGUAUAUUUAUGUUUAUUUACAAACUCCACAGAGGCUGACGGCUGCUGCUGCUCUCAGAGAAACUAACCUGUUCUUUUUUUGUUUUGUGUUUUUGUACACUAUAACUCAUUCCUAAUGUGACUUGUGGCAAUAAAAACACAGCUAGCUAAAGCACAGAAUGUUUGCCUAAAGGAACAUAUCAUCGUUUCACUCCACAGGGAGAGAUAUGUAGUGUAAAGAGAAGGUUUUAUUGAAAUCAAUCACUUUGACCCCCUUUGUUUUGUUUUCUUCUUGGGUUUCUUGGGUGUACAUUUCAUCUACACACAUUUUUAAAUCUUAAGUGUUGUGUUGACUUGAAUUACUGUAUGAUGUCUUUGUGAUUGGAGGGGGUUUUGGUGCUUGUUAAACGUACAGAGAAUAGGCAUUUAUAGAAUUAAUACUUACUUGGAGAAUGAAAAGCAAAUCUAAUAACAUAUAAUUUAUCUUCUCCUUUUGUAAUGUCCAAGAUAUAUUGAAUAAAUGAAUAAAGAAGAAAGAAAGAAAAAAACUGAAAAUGUAGACUGACCCCACGACACUUAAUGUAAUGUGACUUAAUCAUCUGAUCUUGAUGGAGUCCUUUGAGGCUGGAGGGGGAUUUAAACACUUUAAAGUUGAAGCAAUCUGGCCUUGUGUGGCUUGAGAGUGAACUUAUUGACUGAACUGAACCCAUAGUUUCAACUUUCUACAGUCUUUUGAUGUUAAUUGAGAGGGACCACUGUGUAGCUGACUGCUGGAAUAUGUCGUAGUUUGUUUGAAGUGUGGAGGAGGAUGGUACAAAUCACUGUUAGGGCCUGUUUUUGUCUUUUGUCUUUCUGAUUUGGUACUUGUGUAGAAUUAACCUGAUUUGUUGCAUUGUUGUCUUGGCAAUCACCACACCGACCUCAGGCUCUGUGCAAAGUUUUUCCUCUGAGUGUCUUUUCAUGUCACUGUUAAGCCUUUAAUAGAAACAUCGAUCUUAACUCCAACUCAGAUGUUACAUAUUUAUGCACUAUAAUAACAUUUCUAACUGUACAUAUUGUUCAUGCAUAGGCUGCACAGUUCUGAAAAAUUGAGCAUUUCUCAAAGGAGGGUUCUUGCAUCUUUAAUCCUGGGCCACGUCGGGAUGUACGAUGAGAUCUCAGUCUGAAAAGUUUGGAAAUGAGCUGUAGGAUUUCUUCAGCCCACAGUCAGGAAACAGUCAGGCUGCAAUAGCUGCUACAAAUUCUUUAAGGGCAUCAUGAGAGUGUGUCCAUGAAAAAGUUCUUGUUGCCGCAGACAGGCUCAGACUGCCAUUACAGAAAGGCUCUUUGUUUAAGAGUGCAAUGCUUGUUUUUUUACACCAGUGUAAUGUCACUCUGCUGAAAGCCACCAGACUCCACUGACAAAAACGCAGAUUUUGAUUUGCAGUAAGGGGGAAUUGCUGGUCCAUUGCUGUGCUGAUUUGUGAGUUUGAUUAUGCAUUUGUGCAACUUUUUUUGUGUCUGAUGGUUAAAAAAAGAUAUAUUGCAUAGUAUUUUUGAGACAAUGCAUGAAAAAACACAUCUAAUCAAAGUGCAGGGUAGACCAGCAACUCGUAUGUUCUGCAAAGUCCAACUAAUGCUUUUUUCAAUGGAGUUUGGUUGCUGUCAUGAAAAGGGUGCAUUGCUUACUGUCAAAUAAAUAGACUUUUUAGCUAUAUGGGGAGCUUUUUCCCGAUCUUACAUGAUAUUUGAAAUCACCUACAAAAGCCUGAGUCUGUCAGCAGCAGAGCAGGUCAUAUUGUGGAUGUGUUUUAAGAUUACAUCGGCCCCUAAAAGAUCAAGAUGCAGCUACUACAGCCUGUUUCUGCAAUCUGUUUUGAGCUAAAUAAAAACUUUCUUUUUUUUACUUUGAAGUCAUCCAGACCCCAGGAUUCACGAAAAGAGGCCCAUGUUUAGAAAUACUGGAACAUCCUUUUACAUUUAAUGAAAUAUAUUUUCACUUAUUGGGAUAGAGGCAACUUAAAUUAGCCUGAUUCAACUCAACAGAUUUUCCUCAUGCCAAGGUGACUUACUUGAUUUUUUCUUCUUCUUUUUUUGUCUGUAGUUAGUUUGUUGUAUGUCUGAUAAUGGUGAAACUGAAAUCAUCUUAUUUGGCACAAGUCUCUUAUGUGAAAAACAUUCUGAAGUAUUUGAGGGAAUAGCACAUUUUGUAAAAAUCGCUAUAACAAUAAAAGCUAAUGGUUUCCAUAAUUCCCUCAGGCUGCCUCAUUGUUUCAUGACAGUCAUGAAGUGCUCUGUUUCCCUCUGUGUUCUCCUGUGACUGUGUGUUAUGUUGGUCAUUUGUAGCCAGGGCACAAAUGUCUUACCCGGAGUUUCAUCCAAGACACAGACCGGUGAUGACAGGACUGAGUAAUCGUGUCCUUGGCGUGCUCUCUUUUUCUCUGUUACAAAGCCUGGGCCGCCUAAAACACAAAGGUACCUAGUUGUACUAAAAGUAAAUACACGUACUAUAAAUUAACAAUACAAGACAGUUGUUCCUCAUGAAAUAUAUUGUGGAGUUAGUCACGGUACAUGUGUUGAUAAAUGGUUCUUGCUGUGCAGGAGCUCCCCCUGUGACUUGCAGCAGAGCCGAGCGUUGUAACGAGAGGUGAGCCUUCCCAGAGUGUUCAGCUGCAAAACGCUGACAGGAACUGACAAGCACCCAGAGAGGUCAUUGUACUGCACACGGGUCCCUGCAGAGGAUGGGUUACCAUGGAAAUAAGUUAUUCCAAUGUCUGAUCAUCAGACCGCACUGAGCAGGAACAAUACAGAUAUUUCAGUGCACAUGUAUGGAUUUAAAUCAACACAUUUGCUUCCUAGAAACUAACUUUGUUUCAGCAUGGCGUUGGUGAAAUUAUUCAUAUAGAGUAUGAAAUUCAGUGCGUUUAACUUAAACACCUACUGUUUGUGUAGAUAAGAGUCAGUUAUGUAGGCUGGGGAGGUUGUUAAGAGUUCAGGGAGCUUUAAGGUCAGAAAUAUCUUUAUAUUGUCGAUUCUCUGGGUGUGCCUGCCAGUUUAUGUCACUCAACAAAAGGCCAAGGUCCUCUAGAAGUCUUUACUGUACAGGAUAACAGAUAAUAUGUCGAUGUUUACAUUCCUUGUUUGAGUUCAGUGUUCUUUCAAAUGUUAAAGAGAUUUCAGGAUAUAAAUUUCCAUGCUAAAUAAAAAGAAACAGAGUUAAAACUUUUCUUUCUGCUAAUUUAGAAAGCGCAAUAAUAGAGUUGCAGGGGCUUCUUCACAACAGAUCAAUCUAAUGUGGAGAAAUUUAGAGUUCUUGUGAGGAACUUUCACUUUGUGUCGAAUUUGGCAUACGCCCGACAGAUGGAGGACUCUUUUCUGGUUUUGUCCUAACGAUGUGGGAUUGGUGUUUCAGACAAAAUAUCUCAUCCUGGUCUCUUUUACAGCUUCAUUUGUCUCUGGGAAAAUGUUAUGGAUAAGCUGUAUCUGCUCUGCAGCAUGCAGGUGCUAACUCAGUCUGAUCAUCCUCCUGUAGUUUCAGAUACUCAGCACAUUUACAUGCACAGUCUAGUCGAGCUAGGAUUAUGUAGCUCAUCUAGGUAAUUUCACAAGAAUCAAAUCAAUGACAGAAACAUGUCCUCCUCUAGUAUGGUAGGUGGCCACAUGCUCAUUACCACUUGGUUGUCUUCUGGUUGACCUUUGUGUUUACAUGUUUUCCAAAGGUCCUGUCCUAUCAGACAGACACAAUAAAUCACUUUACUGAUCAGCAUGUAAACACACUGAUUGAAAAUAACUAGAAAUAAUCUCCCUCCUGAUAGUCUUGUUUGCUUGGUCUGACCACAAAGAGACAGCUUUAUUCUCCUCACAGGAGCAAAACAAGUAAAAUACACAAUAAAAUUCACACACACAUUUUAUUCCACACAUUUGUUUUUUCUAUCUAUCUUAUCUGUGCUCAUAAAGUGUAUUUUCUACGAGGCCAUGCUGGUCUAAUAGUCUCAGUGCACAGCCUUCUGCAGACACGCAGGUUCAGUUCCAGCCUGCAGCUCCUCCAUAUGCAGGCACUCAAAUGUUUAUCUAUUUAUCUUAGCUUUAACUUUUUUUCACUUAUUUCCUCACACAGCUUUUUAAAAAGGUGCUUUUAUACAAUUGUUUUUCUAAUCUGUGCUACAAAUAUUUCAGAAAAAUAAUUUGAAAAUUGAAUAAAAUGUCAUUACUUUAGCCCUAAUCCCUGUUGUUCACUUCAGCUUCAGAUUUUUAUAUUUAAAUUAUGUUCAUCUAUUUCUGCACUCAGUUAACCCAUUUUAUAUGUUUUUUAGUUUAUUAAAAGAUACUUUUUUUACAAUUUAUUUUAUUUAUGUACUUGUUUAUUUAAACAUUUGUCACAAUAGUUUUUACAGAAUUACAGAGAUAUACAUUCAAAGCAAU